AUGCCGAACCCCAGCGGCCUCGACAAGGCGCUGAAGAUGUCCUUGCAGAGGAAAACCAAGAUCCACUCGGCCGCUGGUAAGGGGGUGUGUGUGUGGGGAGGUCAGGGGGUGCGAAGCGGAGGGAGGGAGAAGCGCCCCCGGAGCCCCCCACUCCUCCUCCUCCUCCUCCGCGUCUUUAUUAUCCCCGCGCCGCCGUCGCUGCAUCCACUGCGCAGCAGCAAGCCGCCUCUCGCUUCUUCGCCGCGCGAGCUUUCCAUUUCAUAUUUAUAUCGAUAGAGAGAAAGCGCGAGGCUCAUUCCAUGCAUAUUUCAUGGCGACCGGGUUGGGGAUUCGUGACAUCAUUCACCUUCCUGCCCGCCUGGUUGGAUGAGGUCAGGCCAGGGCAUUCUUGGGGGGGGGGGGACGGAACCAAAAGAGCUGCUCUUCGGAAAGGGAGAUGGUGCGAUGGGCGGCAGAGGGAGGGGAAAGGGUCGUUGCCAAUCUGCUCCGGAUCGAUCGGUUUCCAGUUUCGCUUUUAGCGUCCUCCAGGGAGAGGGAGGGUUCUGCUCGUGGCUGGGCCCGAUGCCGGAUUGACCCUUGCAAACCGGCCCGGGGAUUUUCGCUGCAGUGCGCUCUCGUGCGUUUUAAAACACCCGGCUCGUUUGUGCCUUUUUUUUUUAUGACUUGCGCUUGCCUGCUGCUCUGGCCGGUUCGCAAAUUGAAUAAAAUACGAAACCUGUCAACUUGUCAGCCAGCAGCAGCAAUAGCAAAGCCUGCACUGACCGGCGGAGAGAUUAGCAUAAACCAGCAUAAACCCACCAGUGCGCUGUUUUGGGCAUAUAACUAGUGCACCCGGUGAUCCAUCUCCUUCCGGAUGUAAACAUUAGAUUCAGAGUAGGGAUUUUCCUCCAGACCUGCAGCAGUGGGAAAGGUGGUUAAAUUAUCCUGCUCUCCUGAUCUGAUCCCAGUAAUUAUACACAUAAUCUGCAUUAAAACAUGCACAACCUUGCACACUAAAUGCAAAAAUGCAUAUAUGCAAAUACAGAUCAAUGCACACAUAAGUCAAUGACACAUAUAGAUCAGCGGUCACAUAUGCACUUAUAGAUCAAUGAGCACUAUUCUAAGGACAGAUGGCCUAACUUAUUGUGUGUGUGUGUGUGUGUGUGUGUGUGUGUUUAUGAUGGCCUGUAUCCUAAAUUGUGUGUAUAUGCGCACACAAUACCAUUGCUCUCUGUCUGAGGCAAUUGAUGACCAGGCAUUUGAUGACGUUGUGCUCCUUCAUCCAGACUACAACCCGUGCAACCGUGACUGCUGCCUUGCUAAUAAGUCCAAAUUCAGUUCUCCACAUUUUUGUACCAGUUUGCAGUUUAUUUAUUUCAGCAAAGGUCUCAUGAAGAUUCACCAUCAUAUUAAUGUGAUUUUCUCCUGAUAUGCAAGUCUUAGCGGUAUGCAAUUUUUUCUAAUGUGCACAGUUUUGCAAAGCAAUUCUCCCCAAUGUAAUGUUACUUUCAUAGAUAGAUAGAUAGUAUGCAUUGCUUGGUUGGAGAACUGCAAUUGCAAAAUCCGGAGAAGUGUGGAUUUUGAAGGGUGGUUAUGUUUUGGUUCAUAUGUUGUUCUGGAAAGUGAAAAUUAGGUAGGUUUGCCUUUCAGUGCAAGCUGAAUCGAGUUUCUCUCUCAUUCCCAGUAGUCUCUCUGUGAACAUUCUACUCCUGCACGUGUUGGUGAAGAGAUAUUGAAGCUCAUCUAACAGAACUUGCUCCUUCCUUCCUUUCCAUCUUUCUCCUGGAUGGUUUUGAUUUUACUUUAGAGCAGCUCUGAUUUUUAUCUAAGCCAUGGCAGUGUGCAUGUGUGUGUGUUUAUCCUUUUCCCGGGCUUUCUCCACCCUGGACUACAGGUUCUCCAUCUUAGGCUUGGGUGGUGCUGGACAUCUCUGUCCUGCCAUGCUAUGCUGCAGCUCCCGGUUCCCCCAGCAACUGCAGCCUGAAGCAGCCACCUCACUCUGCCUAGCUGUAGGGCUGGCCCUAGGUUGCUUUGGUGCAUUUUGGGGUUGGGAGGCAGCAAAUCCGGAUGCCUUCCCACCCACAUACUGAACACAGAACACAAUCCUUUGGGCGGUUAUCAUGUAUGAGGCCAAUGGAAAUGGACAUGAGAUGCAGGAGCCCAUUAACAUUUUUGUGCAGCUCCUAUUCAUUUUGCAGGGAUCUUUGGAGAAGAAUUUUCCAACAUGCCCAAUGUUAGCUGAAAGUGGUCUGUUUCAGACAAUAAAAGCCCGUAUCCCUCUCUAUUGCCUUUCAUGGCAUCCAAAAGAUGCCAACAGAAGGAGUUACCUCACCUUGCCUUGUGGUAAGACUCCCUUUGCCAGUACUCCCACCACAGUUUAAGAAAUUAGAACUUAAGUGGAAAUGCCAGGGUAAUACUAAGGGUGUGGAACAUCAGACUCGGGGGCCAAAUGUACCCCUCCAACCUUCUCCAUAUGGCCGUCGGACCACUCUCCAGGCCAUACCCCUAACUGGCUCUGCUUCACACCCCACAUGUUUUUGCCUGGCUAGAAUAUGUCCCUGAAAUCUUGAUAAUGCCUCUUGCUUGUCUGGAUGGAGACUAGACAGUUGUGUGUGUGUAGGAACCACAUCAUGUACUAAGAUAGAGCUUACAUUGGUUGCCCCGCCUACUUCUGCCUCUGGUCCCGUCCACUACUGGCAUGUGGCCCCUAUAAAGUUGCCCAAAAAGCGAAUGUGGCCCUCAGCCUGAAAAAAGAUUCACCACCCAUGGAUUAUACCUUGGAUUUUAUAUGCAUCAAGCAUGUGUUCUGCCACAGACUUUUGUUCCUCUUAUGCUUUCGAACUUCACUCAUCUAGCUUGCAUCUUGCCCCCAGGUCACAUUUCAGGAGCUUACGGGUAGCACCCAAAAUUUAUUGGCAGUGGAGGUGUUGCAGGCAGGAGAUUAGAGAAAAGAUAUGAGGUUCCUAGGAGGUGUGCUCAUCUCUAGGGUUGACGCAAGGAAGCACAGUGAAUCAGCCUGGGUUCGUUUAAUGCAUGCAUUUGGGAGAGUUUUCUCAUGAAAUAUAUUUCGGGGAAGCACAGUCCACUAAGGGCAUCUGUUCACUAUUUGCAUCUGCAAAGUCAUUUGAAAAACACUGCUGUACCUGCAUUGAAACUUGCUGUUGCGUCGGGUCAGUGCCCAUACUGUUUAGUAUCUGUUCUGGGGAAUGACAGAAAUUUCUCUCCUCCCUAGUUCCGGAAUUUGGCUGUGUCCAUGAAACCUAUGUUGGGUUACAUGCCUUUUAAUGUUUCUGACUUGUUCCUUAGCUGUUCCUUGCAAUUCUUUGAUGAAACUCCUAGUGGACUAAUGUAAAGUACUACUCCCUUUUACUGAAAUCACACCACUGGUCUUUGCUACCCAGUAUUCUUGAGUCUGCCUGGCAGCUGCUAAAGGGAUUUCUCACUGAAGUUUGAACCUAGCGUUUGAAACAAUGAAUGCCCUCUACCACUGAGAUUUAGUCCUUGCUUAUAUAGUGGUGCAGUUUAGGUUGGAUUUGGAAUCAAAAUCUGGCCCCAUAAGCCCAGCCCCAUUGUCAGAUGGCCACCCAGAGAGCAGCAGGUGAUGGGGAGGGGGUCUACUGGGGCUGGCGUCAAUUGCCAAUGCAGUUGCCAAUUUUCUUUUAAAAAAAUAAUACAUUUUAUACCUGGGGAAAGGCUAACCAGGCAUGUACAUGGUUACAUAUCAGAUGCUCAUCAUCUCAUUAUUAUUACUUUAAAAACAUACCCUUUUCUAAAACACAGUGCUGCUUAUUCCCAAGUUAAUGAGUUUAACACAGGCUUCCUCAACCUUGGCCCGCCAGAUGUUUUGAGACUACAAUUCCCAUCAUCCCUGACCACUGGUCCUGCUAGCUAGGGAUCAUGGGAGUUGCAGGCCAAAAACAUCUGGAGGGCUGAGGCUGAGGAAGCCUGGCUUAACAGGGACAAAACUUCCGUUUUAUUCCUGUAAUCAUGACAAUGCUGUGAUGUAAAAUGUGAAGGAUCUGAGGCAGCUGGUCACUUCCUCGUAGGCCACUGCCGCUCGCUUCCAUGGUUCCACUGUCUGUCCUCAGGGUCAUUUGGCAGCCUCCUGGAAUGUGUGGGGGCCCAAACCAUGUCUGAUACAUUGCUUAAUUCUGCUGACUCUUCCUCUUUCAAUUGCUAUAUUUUUGGUGAUUGCGGUUUUUAAUUUUUUUAUCUUUGCUGGCUUCCUUGAUCGUUUCAGUUUUCAAAGCAGAAAUGUUUCAGAUAAGCAGAUUUCAGACCAGAGCUGGCCCAACAAUAGAGGCAGGCUAGGCAACUGCCUAGGUUGCAAAAAUUUCAGAGGUGCUUAGGAGUACAUUCAGGUGGAGGGAGUAUUGUGUAAGCUAGCAUUUCUGUCCCAUUUUCUGAUGUCCCUUUCACACGGCAGUACCUGCUGUGUUAUGAACAGAGGCUUUCUGGCUGACGUUCUGGCAGGUUGCAGCACUGAAUAUCAUUCACAUCAGUAGGUGUGGUGUGCCAUGGCAAUGCACAUCAUUCCACAACAUUGCUACUCUCCCACUUUGCCUCACAUGCAUGCUUCCCCCCCCCUUAAUCCCCCCAUGAACCAUUACAUGUUAUGGGCCAGAUUCAACUAAGUAGGUGCGCUAGCUGGAAGCAGCAGUUGUGUCAUGGGCCAAGAGUUGGCUUCACCUGCUGAGCAGCAACCUGAAGAAGCAGAAGGCAAAGUCACUCCACCUGCUGAUGAUCAGGAGCCUUCUUGCUCCUGAUGAGAACCAGCUGGCUCCAACAUCCUUCAGCAGGGUUUCUAGUCUUAGUCAGUUGCUGGAAACAACAUUUGUGAUUCCUGAUCAAACCUUGCUGCUUCUUGCUUCUCGUGACCUUGGACCCUCGGCUUUCUUGACCCCCGGAUUGUCUGACUAGGUGAACUUAGAUACUCCUGACUUUUGGACUGAACUGGACCUUGUAUAUGAACUCUGCCUCCAGGCAAGUACCCCCCCCCCGAAGCUUGGCUGGUUGGCUGGCUUCUCCCUCCAUUGAGCUCUGCUGUGGGUGGCAGCACAGGACUAUGACCAGUUUUCUUGUGCGUCACAGUUGUGCACCAGGACGUCUCCCCUUUCCUCCCCUCGUGCGCCCCCACCCACCCAAAUCAGUUCUGGGGGCUCUGGACAACCCCCAGAAGAGUGCAGAGGCCAAAGGUAGGAUCGUUCCAUUGGGAAAGCUGAAAUAUUUGCACUGAUGGAACAAUUGGAAGAGUGUGCCGUUGAAUUCCUCCCUUUGUAUGCAUUUUGUACAUGCUAUAAAAUAUGCAUUUGAGUAGAAGUGCAUCCCCCCCAAUAUACACCUUUUCUAUAGGUGGGUUGUUGUUUUUUGGUUUGUUUAUUUUUUUACACACAAUCCUUAUUUGUGUACAUGCUUUUAGGGACUGAAAUUUCAUGGCAGAUCACAGAAUGUGCACAAUCUGACUGAUAGUUGCAGUCCCAAAAUCAAAUUGAUUGAGUCCACUGUGAAAAGUGUACCAAACAAAUUCCACCUCCAUCCCUCACGCUGGUCAGUAUUUCCCAAAGCUGGUGCCCUCCAGAUGUUGCUGGAGUCUCUCUCCCAUCAGCCCUGCCCAUUGUCCAUGCUGGCUCAGGUUGGUAGCAGUUGGAGGCUGUCAACAUCUAGAGGGUCCCAGGUUUCCUAUCCAUGCUUUAGUGCCACCAAAUGACCAUAAUAAGAGGCUGCACAUUGAUUUAAAUUUAAGUUAUUCUCUAAGAUGCUUACAACUCUUUUUCGUUGAAGCCACAGAGAGCAGUGACAUGCAUCCUUUCCUUCCUGGCUCUUUUAAGUUGUCUAAAAAUAAGCUGUUGUCAAUAUCACACUAGGUGGUUGCAAAGUGCAUUUCUCCCCCCCCAAAAAAAAAGCAUCACUUGAAGCUUGCAAAAAAUCUAGAGGUCAGAUGUUGACACCAUUAAUAUUGAUUCAAAUAAAUAAAUGCUGUUCCAGUCCUUUGUGAUCUCCAUCCAGGGGAUGUCAAAAUAUUGUUGUAUCAAAGCAGUAAUUACAGUAUCCCUUUUCAAAGUUUGCAAAAUUGAGCUAUAAAUGCUAGGCGACCUGAUGGUGCAAAGCCAUUAUCCUUAUUUAGCUAAUGGGAAUUUUUUGCUGUCUGUACUUCCCAGUAUAGUGCUAGUCUUCUAACUUUGUGGGCUUGUGUGCGCAAGGGAAAAGUUACCUGGGCUGGCGAAAGGCAUGCUGUGCCGCAAAAGCCACUUGGGCCUCCAGUGACAAUCUAGGAGCAUCGUGUGGCUUCCAGGGUGUCCAUGAACCCCCCCCCCCCAUUGGUCUGAUUUCAUUUUUUCUUUGACACAACAGAAUGAGUUGUUUUUCCAAGUCUUUACAUUGUUGUGCCAGCUGUCGCUCCACACAGCAAUGGAUGUGCCAUUCAGGAGGUAGGGGGUGCAUUUCCCAGCUACAAAACAACUCAUCACGGUUGGGAAAAUGUGUAUUCCCCUCUAUGGAUGCCUCAUUUGGGGAGUUACAUUUGCAUUCUUCUUUGCAACAGUUCAGCACCAACUCUGCAGUAGAAUUUGUGUCUCAAAGGCCCCUUCUGCCGAUCCAGAGGAAGUCCACUGCACUUAAGUCUCAUUUAAAUCAAUCGGACACAUGAAUCAAUGGGAGAAGUUAGUCACUACUAAUUUAACAUCCCGUUUAUUUCAUUUUGAUUUAAGCUUAAAGACAUUUACUUUCCUUGAAUCAGGGCCAUAGCAUUCUUUUGGAACACCAGUCUUAUAUCUCAGUAGCACAGUGGUCUAAACCACUGAGCCUAGGGCUUGCCGAUUGGAAGGUCGGUGGUUUGAAUCCCCGCGAUGGGGUGAUCUCCCGUUGCUCGGUCCCAGCUCCUGCCAACCUAGCAGUUCGAAAGCAUGUCAAAGUGCAAGUAGAUAAAUAGGUACCGCUCCGGCGGGAAUGUAAACGGCGUUUCAGUGCGCUGCUCUGGUUUCACCAGAAGUGGCUUAGUCAUACUGGCACAUGACCUGGAAAAACUGUCUGCAGACAAACGUCGGCUCCCUCGGCUGUAAAGUGAGAUGAGCACCGCAACCCCAGAGUCAUUCGCGACUGGACUUAACUGCCAGGGGUCCUUUACCUUUUUAGAAAUAAAUUCUACUGUCCAAAUGUGUUGCUUUUGUGAGCAAUGGAAAAUUCACAACUUGGUAGUUCCUACAUAGCAGCAAAUCAUGAUUUGCAAAGCAUGAUAAUUCUUUCCAACAAACCAUGGCUGCUGAACAGCUGUUUGAGCAAACUAUGGUUGGGGUGUUACAUCUAAAUCAAUGGCUACCAUGGCCCUCAGUGUCUAUUGUUUGGGAAGAAAGCCACACAAACCAUGGCUUACCUCUGCGUGAGAUGCAUUUGAAAAUCCGACUUUAAACUUUGGUUAGCACAAACAGGCCCUGUGUCACCACGUAGCAUUGCUGUAUAGCUUCUGGAGCCCCAGGGCUCUAGCAAGGCUCAUUCCUGAGGCCUUCCCUGGAUUCCCCUUUAUCUGCCACUGAUAACAAGCAGCAGGCAACUGGAUUAGGGAUCCACCAUUUAAUUUCACACAAUACCCCCCAUUCUUUGUCUCUUCGGGGCAUUAUGGGAAAUUUAAAUGGACAGGCAGGAACCACCAUUUACAUUUCUGAUGUAAGUGUUACCUUGGAGUAACACUAAAUUGGGGACAUUGUAGGACUUUGAAAAGGUGUGCUACCGGUCUCUGUUGUUGCCAGGUGGUGCCAGUGGGGCAGUGAUGUAGGAAAGGGCCCUAGAUGGCAUAUUUGAUAAGCCCAUCCCGUUAAACCUGUAGUCAUAUUUGGGCACAAGCCAUGACUUAUUGCUACAUUUGAACUGAACCCAUGAUGUGAUUUUCAGAAUUGGUCAAAAUGGUGGGCCACAGCCUCAGUUGAGUGUGGAAGUGUGCUGGGAUGGCUUCAUGAAGGCUUGGAAGUGAUUUCCCCUUGAACAAUGUGGCUCUCGGUUUGAACUUGGGAAAUCAAUAUGAAAAACUGUAAACAGCCUGGGGAUAACAGACUUGUCACUCCAUGUUCCAUGUGGAUUUUGCCUUCUAGCAGUAGGGAAUCAACCCACGUUAGUCUCUCAUGUUUAGCAGAAUAGACAUGAGUUUGGGUGAUUUGUCAUGAUUUGUCAGCACAGAGAGCGAAAUGCCCAUAUACUGUCUCUCACCUGAUUCAGACAGCUGUAAUAAUACAAUACUUGCAAUAUAAUGGGCCAGAUUGAAAUACCAGUUUCACUAGUGGAAGACCCUGCAAGGACUCCUGCUAGUGCAAUGGGGCUUCCCCUCUCUCUGCCUCUUGUGCUUGCACUAAAUCCACUCUAAAGCAUUGGGUGAUCCUGAAGAACAGUGUCCAGGGGGGUGAGAGAUUGUUCAAUCAUUUCUGCUUGCCUAGCAGAACAGUCUCCUUAGCAUUACAUAGGAUUCCACCCAAUGGGUUGUAGUCAACAAACUUUUACUCAGAGUAGGCCCUCUGUAAUCAACAGCGAUUUUAAUUUCAGUGGAUCAACUCUGAAUCAGAAAUGACACACCUAUAUAAAGAGUAUAUUAUGCAAUCGGUUCAAGUGUUCACAUUAUGAAUCUAUGAAAUGGGUAACACAUUGAGGAUAAUGAGUUGCUCAAAUGAUAAUGCUUACUUCUUACAAGGUAUCACCUCAAAUGUCUGGUGCCAAUUAGAUGGAGAGAUUCAAUGCCACCUUUUUAGUCUGGUGUGUGCGUGGCUUAGUAUAAUGCUGCACUGUUCUGCAGUAGUGAUGCGCAGAUCAAACAAUAUCAAAGGUCUUUUUUUACUUUCAUGAACGCCUGCUUGGUUUUUAGCUUCCUUUUGGUAGUCAUUGAUUCCCCCGCCUGCCUGCUGCCUCAGACUGCAGGUGGAGGGUUGUGUAUAAAGUACUAUCCUCUGUAUAGGUUGAAAAAAAACCUCUAAUGGGAAGACUAGACUGCAGCCAAGUAUUGCUAUUUGCAAGCAGUCUUUUUGGUACACUUGAGUUUUUAAACAUGCAACAUCCCACCUGCAGCUGGGUGUGGCAAAGCCCCAUCAGAGUCUUGACCACAUGAUUAUUCUAAAUGGGUAGUUUGUCUCUUAAGAGCCGAUGCAUGGGGAAUUCAACACUGCAUGGUGUUAUGGUCCAGGCUGCCUCUUGUUUUGAAUGCUCUGCCCCAAAUGCUAUUCAGAACGCCUCAGGGAAGUUUCUAACAGUGCAUCUGGACUGGAAUGCAAAUGGACUGUGAUCAAAACGAAUGCUGGUGCCGUUGCAAGACUUGACUAACCGCAGAUGCCAUAAAGGCUACUAUGCUUCCUGCAGGGAUCGGCUGCAUGAUUGCGUUCCCAUGGAUAACUAUUGUGUAGCAAAUCAAAAAGACUUGAAGUCACUCCCCAUCAGCAGAACCCCAGCCUGCUUUCUGCAAGCACCAGCUGUGCAAUGGGACUUCAUGUGGGAAAUUUGGUCACGUAGCUGAUCCAGCAGGGUUUCCAAGUACCCCAUACCUAAUGCCAAAUAUGACAUUAGGUGUGAGGCUGGUGGGCAUGGUUUGGGGAAAGUGGCUCUGUGGGCCAGAUUUGGGCUGCAACAAUUGACUUGGCGGCAAACAAAUAAUUGCAUAACACUGGCUGCUGGUCUUUUGCCUGGCAUUACGGUAAGUGUUAUCAUCUCUAGGGAACAGAUAAUAGAAACAAGGAUACGUAUGGUGGUAGAUUCAAAACCAAGGAUAUUUGAUUCCCCCUCUCACCUUCUCAGUCAUCAGUCACCACCAAUUCCUGGGCUCUGAGCUGUCUCCCCCGGGGGUUCCCUUCCACCACCUCUCCUCUGCAUCCAGCCAGUCCAUGCCCUUGAGAUCCUGGCCCUUAUUAGCAGAAGGAGCCAAUGUGUACACAGAAGGCAUCACGAAAAGGGCAGCAUGUAAGAGCUGGGUGUUUUGCAGCAGCAUAUUCAUUUUAAAAGACCUCCCUGGAUGUUACUGCUUCAGCAUCAAUAUGAGCAGCAUUCCUCUCUGGCCUCUGUUAUGAAUGAGGUUUGCUUUCCUUUUGUUUGGCAUAUACUUAACUUCUGAGUCUGUCUGCAUUUGCUCUGUGACCCAGACCUUUCCCUGCUGAGCUUUUGGGAGGGAUUGCAAGCGGUAUUAUUAAAAGCUUCAUACUGAUAGUUCUUAACCUUAACCUACCCUUCUAUAGAAGGUGGAAACCAGGUUUCCUGCAGUUCCAGCACCUUUUACGAAACGUUUCCACCAUGAUUUACUGGGGCAGUUGCACGUUUGGCACCUAGAAACCAUGCAGUGCAGCCCCCUGCCCAAGAAAGUGGCCAUUUGCCUCCACUUCCUGGUCAGCUAUUACAAUCCAGGCUGCAGCAUGCCAUAAGCAGAGAUAGGCGACACCCAAGGCUGGCUCCAGGUUAGAACAGCCCCCUGGCAAAGUGGUACCCAGUGGUCUCUACAGAGAAGACUAAGCUGCUCUCAGUUGCAGCUGAGUCUGCCCACUUGAUUGUACCUGGUCUUCUUGUGGGCCCAACUCUGCUUUUGUUGUCACUUCAGGAGUGACAGUCUGGAUGCCCAGCUGCAGCGUAUGAUUGGGUCACAUGCAGCUUCCAACCUGCAACCUGAUUUGCACCCCAUUGCUCUUUAGUGGUGGUGCUUUGUUAGCAAUUAGGAGCAGCAAGAACCUUAGAAUUUGUCACCAUCCUGUGCAUAUGAUGUGCCUAUAAGGAGGGAGAUCAUGACAUCAUAGCAUGAUGGCAGCCACCUUGCACAUGCGAUGUGUGGAGGAAGGAACUAUUGCGGAAAGUGACCUAAGAAGAAGGAUGGCCGUGACCUUAUAAUAGAUGGGUAUCCAACAUGAUGCCACUCCCGAUGCUGCUGAACUACAACUCCCAUUAUCCCAUGCCAUUGAUGGGAGUUGUAGUCCAACAACAUCUGGAGAGGACCACAUUCUUUGGCAGAAUGUUGGAAGUUCUCUGCAGUGAUGCUCACAAAUUGAGUAGAGUCAUCUGUAACCACUGCUAAUGGUUUAAGUGAUCAAAAGCAGAUCAAUACAACUUUUAACCUAUGCACUCAUUCAGCUGUACAGAUGUAUCUGUUGAAAAUGUAGGGUGGGUGUAUCUGUCCAGGCUAUGGCAUCAGGUCUGUGCUUGCUUUGUCAUGCAUGCAGCACAUGUUACCACGCCUACUCUGUGCCGUUAACAAGCUGCCAGAAUUUGGGUGGCAGAAGAUACAACUGAAAACUCUUUGCAGGUUCAAUUUAUCAUAGAAGGGCCUGGAAUUUACAUUUAAAAAAGAUUUUAUACUAGUCAGAAACUGAGUUAGUAAGAGCAAUAAUGCCUCUGAUUGCUGCUAUCUUUAAUUUUUGGGGGUGCUGUGGGGUAGACAUACUGCUGUCCACUUCUGCCCACAUUAAAAUCUAGGAUUUCUUUAUUGAUUUCUGUGUUCAGCUCUCAGUUUUGUCCAGGGACAGUUAAAACUAUUAUCUCAGUGUGAACCAGGAAAUGAUCUACUCAGAAAAUAAGAUCGUUAUAUUUGCUCUUUUUAUAUCUCUGUGCCUCUUCCUUUGCUCUCUUUUGGUCAUUUCUCCUAGAGCAGGAAAAAGGGUAGAGUGAAAUUGAGCACAGGACAAUGGAGAAAGAGAGAGAGAGAAAACCUUCUACUCUGCUCCUUUCCUCUUCUGCACUCCUUGUCUUCUCUCCCUGCUAGCCUCUUCCACCAGCUGAUCAGCAGCAUUUAGAAUUCUCUUGGGCUGUUGAAACCAUGAUAUCUUCUUCACCAGCCAUUACCAGCCAGCCAGUUGCCUACUUUUCUUUUCCAAUGCUCAAUGUUCUUUGGCUUCUGAGCAUGCUUAAUCUGCAUUAAGCUCUUUUUUACCGGCCUCAUAAUUUAUUACAGAUCAGAAAUGACCUAAAAUAAAACCACACAAUGCACUAUAAUUUUAAAUAAACAGUAAAAUACAAAACAAGAUACAGUGGUACCUCAGGUUACAUAUGCUUCAGGUUACAUACGCUUCAGGUUACAGACUCCGCUAACCCAGAAAUAGUGCUUCAGAUUAAGAACUUUGCUUCAGGAAGAGAACAGAAAUUGUGUUCCAGUGGCGCGGCAGCAGCAGGAGGCUCCAUUAGCUAACAUGGUGCUUCAGGUUAAGAACAGUUUCAGGUUAAGUACGGACCUCCGGAAUGAAUUAAGUACUUAACCCGAGGUACCACUGUAUACCAGAAUGGUCAAUGGCUCAAGUGUACACAUGUACAAAAUAACAAAUGACCUAUAUACAUAAGAAGCUCAGUAUUGUCUACACUGACUGGCAGCAGUUAUUCAGAGUUUCAGAAAGGGAACAUUCCUAGGGGACUACCUGGAGAUGCCUAGGAUUGAACUUGGGACCUUCUGCAUGCAAAGCAGGUGCUCUACCACUGAGCCAUGGUGCUGGUUGGGGCUGAUGGGAGAUGUAGUCCAAAACACCUUUGAGGCUGGCAAAGGCUGCAUUAUGGCAGCAUCUUAUUUCAUUUGCAUGUGGGUUCUGUGUUGGCCGGUGCAUGGAAUGCCAGCCUUGGAGGCCUCUUUCCCCGUGUCAUUUUGCAAAGGUUAAAAAUUAAGAAAGGAAGGCUAAGAAGUUAACUGCUGAAGGACUACAUUAAGAAGAUUGUGAGUCUUAAGCCAUGAGUCCCUUCUCUGGCUGAGUUCUGUGCCCCCAAAUAGAACUGGAUUAGUUGGAGAAACAAGAAUGCAACUGAGAUGAAGAAGGGGAAGGGCCCUCACUGAACAAGGCUGGAAUAAAUACAGUUUUUCCAGGUCCCAGGCAUCAACACUGAACUUUUAAAGCAGCAGCAGCAGUCUAGGAGAAAGUCCUAUGCAAGGGUGGAAGAAUCGUUUAAAUCGGAGCUUUCCAAACUUUCCAUGUUGGUGACACACUUUUUAGACAUGCAUCAUUUUGCGACACAGUAAUUCAGUUUUACUAGCAAACCAGAGGUUAAACAAACCCCUUUCCAACCCUGGGAGGAGCGUGCAGAGCGUUCGUGCGACACACCUACACACUGCAGCCGACACACUGAUGUGUCGCGACACACAGUUCAGAAAGCUCUGGUUUAAAUAACCCAAAGUGAGAGCAUCAGGUUCGCGGUUGAUGACUCACCGGGCAGUUUUCUAGUCUGUAACUAAACAAGGGAAUCCAACUGCAGUUGGGAGGAAAACUGAUCAAAUGGUAAAUAUAACAUUAAAAGAUUGUGCGCAUGCUGUCCUUAAAUAGAAAAUGAUUUGGCAUGGAGGAAGAUAUAAGGGAUCAAAGAGUGUUGUGGGGUGUUUUUUUUAAAAAGAAGCCAAUUAAAGGAUCAAGGACCAAGAUCUGAAUGUGAGAGAUAAUUAUAGGUAGCAAAGGCAGGUUUAAAAUAGAACAGGUAGAUCGUGUCCUGGGGAACAAAGCGAUUACAAGACAAAUUGCCGGGAGAGAAAGCGAGAGGGCAAAAGGCAAUGGAAGUGUGAGAAAGUCUUAGGGGAAAAAGAAAGAGAUGAGAAAUGCAGGAAUGAAUCUUAACCAAUUAACAGUCACAGGAAAGGUUGCUUUGUUGGCUGUACAAAGAAUGGUGACAGUGAAAGAGGUGUAAAGCCUAAUGGUUGGUGACAGAGCCUUCUCUGUAAUGGCCCCCAAACUGUGGAACUUCUUCCAGAUGAAGGUGCACCAGGCACUGUUUCUUUUAAGUUUUAGGUGGUCAUUGAAGAGGCGGUUCUUUCUCAUUGGCCUUGGAAAGUUUGAACUAUUCUUGUUAGUGCCCCCUUAUAUACCAUCUGUUUUGUUGAAGUGCAUGUAUUAUGUGGUAUUUUGGGAGUGAAGUUCUUUAUAUUUGGGUUAUUGUAUGGUACUAUCUUUAGAUGUAACCCAUCCUUUGACCUUACAGGGAAGGAUGUGUAACUAAUUAUGUUGUUAUUAUUUUUAUGGUGCCAACUGUAAAAGGCCCCCCAAAACACACCAUCCUAAGGCACAUUGUGGGGUUGUUUUGUGUUGAUAAAUGGGCAACUGGUAUCUUGAUUUUAGGCAGCUAUUGAAGAUGUUUUCUUUAAGAAGUCUUUUCCUGAAGUGCAAUCCAAUCAUUUUAUGGAAUAUUAAUUGCACAUAUCUAGGAAUGAUUUUAUUGUUGGUUGAGUGUGUUUUUAUUGUUUUUUUAGAGCCUGUUUUUUAUUUUUUAAUAUUUUAACUCUCUUUAUCUUGUUCUACACCACUUUGAUAGCUUCUGACCACAAAACAAUUCAUAAAUAAAUAAGCAAAAUAAAUAAUAGAUAUAUUAAUAUAAAUAGGGAAAUGGGAAUUAUUUGAGGAGAAGAAUGUGCUUUGAAUUGCUUCAAAAGACGUAGUGUGUACCAGCCUUAGGCAGGGUAAUUUAGAACCCUUAACUGGAACUGAUGAACCAAAUAGCCCCUUCUUGCUGGAAUCAGUACAAAUUGGUAUGUGCACACUUCUUAAAAUAAAACUACCACACAGGAAAGUAUUUGCUUUAAUUACAUCAAAUUUCCUGUGUGCAUUUACAAGGUCAUGGGUUUUGUUUCUUAGUGAAGCAGGCUGCCAGCAUGUGGAAAUAAUUGCAUAAAGCAUAUUUUGUGUCAUUCCACCUUACCUCACUCUGAGCACAUUGUACUUGAGAUUCCUACAGAAAGUCAUAUUUGACAACAGAGUUAAUAAUAAAUUGGAAGGAAUGUUAAGUGGUUGAGGUAGAGAAUGGGUGGGGGUGGGGGUGGCUUUUGCUUGGUAAGAUCAGAAAUGAGCGGCAGCAACUAAGAUUCGUCACCAUCAAAGCAUUUGUAAAGAUUUGUAGAUUAUUGCAGACAAAAGCUUUUUUUUUUUUAAGGCAGCAGUUUGUUAAAUAUAACUAGGAGAUAACUGCCAUUAUACUCUUGCCAUCCACACCCCAGAAAUAGGAACGAUGUGAGGUUUAAAGAGCUUGCACACAUCAUAAGUUUUUGAGGUCCACAGAAUGUAUAUAACCUUUUGCCUGCGCUGCUCACUUUUUAAAACCAGCUAAUGGCUCGUGUCUGCUAUGGGUAAAAUAUUAACUUUACAUGACCAAAUUACAGUGGUACCUCUGGUUAUGAACUUAAUUCGUUCUGGAGGUCUGUUCUUAACCUGAAACUGUUCUUAACCUGAGGUACCACUUUAGCUAAUGGGGCCUCCUGUUGCCGCCGCGGGAUUUCUGUUCUCAUCCCGAGGUAAAGUUAUUAACCCGAGGUACUACUUCUGAGUUAGCGGAGUCUGUAACCCGAAGUGUUUGUAACCCGAGGUACCACUGUAGAGGGUUGGGAAUGUGCGCAAAAUGAUUCUGCAUUGCUUCUCCUUGCCUGUCCAGCUCGCUGUGCAGUCUGCAUUUACUGUGCCACCAGACAGCUGCUGAUCAUACGGUGAAUAGUAAAUAUGAUUUUUGCUCUGUAUACUGGGUGUGUGAUGAAGCACUUGCAGGUCCAGUUCACACAUAAAGCUAAGUGAAACCACAGCUACCUGUGGGCAAUGAGUUUGUGGGUACUAACAGGCCACAUUCGCACUGCACACUUAAAGCACUUUGAUACCAUUUUGAAUAUUCUGGGUGCUGAGAGUUGUUAGGAGGAGCCCCAUUCCGCUCAAAGAGUUGCAAUUUUCAGAAUGGUUUAACAGUCAAUCCCACUUCACAGGCAACCCUGGGAACUGUGGCUAGCUACUUAUUUCUUUACUUAAAUCUAUCACACACAUACAAAUGGAAAUGGCAAUAAAAGCAUAUACAAAUUGUUCAAAUAUUUUAAUCUUAUGAACUGUCCAUUUUUUAAAGAAAAUAUCAUGACAGUGUACAAAAAGAGAAAAAAGGAAACAACAUAUAUAGAAUAUAAUUUUAAAAACAACAGUAUUUUUGUUGUUCUAUUUUUAAUUUUAUGUAAUCGUUGCAUGCCAUGUUCUCUAAUGUAAACAAAUUUAUAUCUCAAUGCAGCGAUGUUAAACUGCACUAAAAGAUGAAAAUAAAUAAAAAACUGCUUUACCAAAAAAAGGGGGGGAAAGAAUACUGUAUAGGUAAAACCAACAGGUGCAACAAAACAAGGUUUUGCAGCCUUUUAGAAAAUACAGCAGUGCUGGAGCCUUCCGUUGUUGUUCUGGUGUCAUCUGAACUGGAGAUCAGAUAAAAGGGUUAUUCUAGCAAGGUGCAAAUGGGUCAUUUGUAUUCACUUAAUAAAGGUAAUGGGGAAUUAAUCUGUGCAGUGGAGGUAAGGAACUUGUGGCCUUCCAGAUGUUGUUGGACUCCAACUCCCACCAACCCCAGCCAGCAUGGCCACUGGUCAGAGGUGAUGAGAGAGUCCAACAACAUCUGGAGGGUGACACGGUCCUCAUCCCUGCUCUAAUACAAAAUCACAGAUGAGCACAUCCUGAGAAACCCUAGAUUACAAGCAUUUUUUUCAGGAUGUGUUAGUUUGGGAUCUUAAUACAACCUGUGCUUUUACAAGACUAUUUUACUCCAAUAAAUGGUGUGAGGAGGCAGAAGAAGUCACGUUUGGCAAAUCUUGUGUCUCAGAAAAGGUUGUGUGAACUGGUUGAGGGAGUUUCGGAUAAGUUUUGAUAAAACAGUUCUACUGUAAUAAAAUGAUUAAACAAAGCAAACAGAGAUAAGUAAUGAAAAAUGCAGUGAAUUAGACUAAGUAAAAUGUUCAUGAUGACAGAAUGUCUACACUUGGCAGUAGGAGCCUCUGGUUGGAUCCACAGCAAUUAUAAUACACACUCCCUCCAACAUGAAAUUGUUGGAUGGGAACACAGGGGUUUUGUUUGGGGUGGGGUCUUUUUGGCGAGUGGGUGGCCUUAGGCAAGCCAGCCUAAGGAAGAUGCAUUAGUUCAGCUGAAGUGAACUAUGACAGCUGGGGAAAAAAUAGCAUGAGUAAAUUCACUCAGUCUACAGAUGGGGAAACAUUUUGACCAGGGAUUGGAACACUCUGGCCUACAAACCUGGUGAGACCCAGCUGGUCUCCCCCAUUUGGCCAACAAGAUAAGCCGCUAGCUACCCUAUCUCCACAAUCCUUUCAGCUAGAAGACAUAUUGGAAAGAAAGGCAAAAACAUGCUAUUAGCGCAAAAUAAAACAUCCACACUGUGCCCCUUUCUUGCUGCUAAAUCUGUACUAUGGUAGUUCACACUGUGUGGAAUGGGUAUUAUAACCCCAGAAUCCAGCAGCAAUCUAGAUACAGUCAGAGACUGCAGAGGCCCUAGCUAAUAAGGACCAAGUCAGGGCUGUGAACCAACUGUUGGUGAUCAAGAGACCACUGUGACUCAGGUUGUUUAGACAAGAACCCCCCCCCCAAAAAAAAACCUCUCAUACUACCAGGGCCCAUAGGGACAUAGCCAGAAGCAUCACAGAACCUUCCCUGAGCCUGAGGAACCAAAUGCCUUCUGUCUUACCAGUUCAGUAGUGCAAGGCACACAUCUGGCAGGAUACUAUGGAACAUAGGAAAAUACCCAUCCUCAGGCCAGAGGCUUGGCCUUUUAAGAACCUGAAGUUCUCCAAAAUGGGAUGGAGCAACGGAGAGAUAGUCUGGAGGCAGAGGCUUAAAAGGCCUCAGUCUGCGUGCAACAUCUUUUGGAGCAAGUUGCUCACUUGGAGCUCUCCGUGGUUCUGAAACUUCUAACCUGCCUUCUCUGGAAGGAUCUUCUAUCAGACCAGAACACAAUGAAAGAGAAAGCUCUGCUGCCCACCACCCACUCGUCCACACACAUCUGACUUCUUAGGAUGGAUUCAAAUGACUAGGAGUCACAAUGUAUAGUACCUGUAACUGUCUGGUUGUCUGGCAAAAAUAUGGAAUCUGUAGCCCACCAGAUGCUGUUAGACUCAAAGUCCCAGCCAGCAUUUCUAUUGGUCAGGGAUGAUAGGAGUUGUAGUUCAACAAUACAUGGAAGGCCAUAGGUUCCCCCUCCCUGCUAUGUGGUUAAUUCUGAAGUUACCAUGUAUUUGCUUGUGCUUUAAGAUAUAGUUAUGUCCAUGAAUUUCAGUGGGUAUAUCUUGAGUAAGACUAGCAUUGGCUACAACCCCAAGUCUCUAGAUUUCACCUAACUCAGCUUCCAACAACUAUACAAAGCAUUAUGUGAAACUUUUUUGCAACCAUUUGACCAUUGCAGGCAGGUGUCUGGAUCGUAAGUUUCAUUGUUUUCAUGUGAUGCUAUAUCCCCCCCCCCUUUCUUUUGUUGACAAGUUUGGCAGGUGGAAGGAGGAAAAAACAAGUCAGCUUAGAAGCUGAGAUGUUUUCUCUGGAGACGGUUUCCCCUUAGGCUAUAUUCUGGAUAGGAAACAAAGACAUUAAAUUGAAGUUGCUUGGGCCUUAACACCAAAGAAAAGAACGUGACCUUUGGAGUAUCUCAUCUAUAUUACCUUUCAUAAGAAAAAGCUUUCCUGGAAAAGGUAAUUGGUUUACAUCCUGAAAUUACAGAACUGCAGUUCCUUUGUGAAAUUUCUAAUAGCAAAGCCAAGCACCACAAGAUGGCACAGUGAAGCUAGUAUGGCUGCCCUGGUUGUAUACUUUUAGUUGACAGAAACCUACAUUAUGCUUAAGUUGCAGAAAGACAGACAGAUCCCGAGCCAGAACACUAACACCACUAUAAAACUGGUACCUGUUGGUGCCCAGGCCAGAAUGCCUGCAAAAUUUCAUGUUCUUUAUAGAUGUCUGGCUGACAUCCUCUUUGAGUAUAUACAGUAUAUGAAAGUUAAGAGUGCACAUCCCCUGCUGACUAGGGCCCUGGCACAUUGCGUACCCACUGCCCACCUGCUUCUGUGUAUCCUCUUUCCAAAUAAGAUAUUGAAGGCUCUUCCCUGAGCCUAAUUCUCAUGAUAGACCUCUGCUGUGCAUUGGAAGGUCCUAGGUUUGCAGGUCAUGUCUCUGUUUUUGAUCUUAUUGGCACAAAAUUUUCAGGUGCUCUUCCCCUGCCCCAUUCAUUCAUUCAAAUCAGCAUUUGUUCUUUGUUUCAAAUGGACACAUGGUGGAACUGUUUGUUUAAGCAUUAAUCUACUGUUACAAUUGAUGCUUAAAACGAAUAGGUCUCCUCUGGGCUGAUGAGAAUUCGUUACCCAUCUAUUCAGUUUUGAUCUGUUUGGCCCGCUGGAAUGUCACAAUAGUAAUGCAAUUGGAAUGAAACCAAAUAUCAGAACUCCUGCCCUGUUUUUAUUGACGUUGCUUUAGGCAAAGAUUAAUGAGUAGUGAUUUGAUGGGCUUACAUUUUCUUCCUUUGGGUUUUUUUCCACCAUUAAUAGCUGAGUGAUUCAUGACUAUUAACCCAGGAUUAGGUUUAGGGCUGCUGUUGCAUGAGUUGUUAUGGUCCUUGUACUGAGAGAGGGGGAAAUACCACAACUCUAGCCUACUGGGUCCUUGAGUUUCCAAGCAGUCAUGGAAUUGUUGACAAACUUCCUUAAGGCAUUUGUAUACGUUGCAUAAAUAGGUGUUACACUUACCAUGGGAUGACCUGUGGCAGACUAGCUUUUUAAUGGAAGAGCAGAAAGACCAUGGAAAGGACCAGCUGAUGGAUUGUAUUUGACUUGUGGGAGCCGCUAUGUCAAGGACGAACAAUGUUCUUUGAGAAUCCACUUCUUUGAGCCAGGAUUGCUCUCAUGCAUUAUGCAGCAGUACCGUUAUGAGAACAACAAAUGUAUUGCAUUAUGUUAACAUCCUUCACAGAGUAUUCUCAAUAACUGAAUGGAAGCACACACAACAGUGCUGCGGUGAACUUAGGCUUAGUGGGGACUACAGCUGUUCCUCGUUUGAGGAAGGAUGCUGGGAUGUAUCUUCACGUUUUAGAGCAGGCAAGGCUCUUGGCUCUCUGGAUUUGGCUGGCACCGUUGAAACUGCCCUUUAAGGAUGCUACCAUGCGUAUGGCAGGUAGCCAUUUCGAAAAGUGGGAGCAGUAGAGCAAGAAAGGGGCGGUCAUAUCGAGAGAACAGUGAUGGUGGCAACAGUGGUGCCAGAAGUGGGAAACUGUAUGAGAGGAACAGGUAGUUCUAAAUCUCGCAAUCUCAUUGGGAGUAGCAUUAGUGGAUGGGCCCUGAAACUCAGACUGGCUAAAAUGGUGAAUUUGAAGCUGCAUACAUAGCUCCAUAUUUAAAAUUCAUGAUACUGUAUUUGAUCUUAUCCCUGCAUUAUUAUUCUCCCACUCACCUGCUGGGCUAAUAGCAGCUUUAUGGGUGGUAAUCUAUGAUUUUAAGUGGGAACAAAUUGGCAGGGGGAAGGGAGUUAACGGUCUUCUCUGCCGGGGCUGCUGCUCCAAUAAAAUUUGGAACCCUUCUAAUCUGUUUCAAAGUGUUGCAUUUCCUUGGGAGAAUCAAUCAUGGAUCACCCUUGUUGUAUAAUAAUAAUAAUAAUAAUAAUAAUAAUAAUUUAUUUAUACCCUGCCCAUCUGACUGGGCUUCCCCAGCCACUCUGGGCGGCUUCCAACAAAAUAUUAAAAUACAGUAAUGCAUCAAACAUUAAAAGCUUCCCUAAACUGGGCUGCCUUCAAAUGUCUUCUAAAAGUCUGGCAGUUGUUGUUCUCUUUGACAUCUGGUGGGAAAGCGUUCCACAGGGCGGGUGCCACUACCGAGAAGGCCCUCUGCCUGGUUCCUUGUAACUUGGUUUCUCGCAGUGAGGGAACCGCCAGAAGGCCCUUGGUGCUGGACCUCAGUGUCCAGGUAGAAUGAUGGGGGUGGAGAUGCUCCUUCAGAUAUACUGGACCGAGGCUGUUUAGGGCUUUAAAGGUCAGCACCAACACUUUGAAUUGUGCUCGGAAAUGUACUGGGAGCCAAUGUAGGUCUUUCAAGACAGGUGUUAUGUGGUCUCGGCGGUCGCUCCCAGUCACCAGUCUAGCUGCCACAUUCUGGAUUAGGCUGUAUCUUAUUCUUUGGCGAUCACUCAUAGCCGAGUAAGAUUGUCUUCCAUAAACACGGUUUUAACAAUGAGUCCGUAAUAGGCUGUACACAAACCAUAUGUUCAAAGCACAUUUGAAACAUGUUAAAAGCACCUCUUCAAGAAUACUGGGAACUGUAGUUUGCCUUUCACAGGGCUACAAUUCCCAAUGCUCUUUUAAAAAACUACAGUUCCCAGGGUUCCUUUGGGGAAGUCAUGUGCUUUAAUUGUACUGUAAACAUAUGGUGUGUACACAGCUAUAGUGUACUUCCUAGAAUUUGUUAAAUGUGUAAUCCAAGACACCUUUGAUUGUUAAAAAACACACUUGAAAAAUGGAAAUUUGUCCGUGUCUCCAGAAUAGAGGAGGACUCAAAAUGCAUCUCAGUUGGUGAACAGUGCAAUCUCUUGCAUGUGCACUCAGAUGUAAGCACCUUUGAGGUCAGUGGAAAUUUGUCCCAUGCAGUGCUUUUUUUGUCUGCGGACACAGGGGUACACAUACCCCUAAACAUUUUGUGAAUCUAAGUUUGGCCUCAUUGAGGGGCAGUAUUUCAAUAUGAGUAGGAAAAUGAGAGUACUCCUAAACAUUUUUUUUCCAGAAAAAAUGCACUGCUCCUAUGAAUGUACAUAGGGUUGCAGCCAGAGGUACGUUCAUGUCUGCAGAUGGGACAUUUUUACACCCAACUGACAAAACAUGGGCUGUUAUAAUUAUCUUGGAAUAGAAGGUGCCGUAGACUUAUUUGGAGCAGAAUUUUGGGGUGUGGGAGUUCAUUGCUUCUCUAGACUUCAGUUGGGAAGGAUGGGCUGUUCUAGAAGCAUCCAGAAAUGCAGAUAUAUGCUGACAAAAAUGAGCUUCAUUUACGUGUGUGUGUAAAAAUCCAUUCCCAUCUCUAAAUCAAACACAGAGCAGUUGGUAACAUCUAUUCUGCAGCUGUCCACAGGGAUCAUUUUAAUCAGCCUUGAGCCCCUCUAAAGCCACAGAAAUCUUUGGAGGAGGGCGGCUGAUUUUGUCAUCCUGCUGUGCAAAAAGCAGACCAAACAGUAUGCCUCUGAUAUUCCUCUGCUGGAAGAGAUUCAUGCCUGUAGGUAAAUGUGCCUUUCGGCGGUUGCUUUUUCCUGUGCUUUUAAUGAAGUUAUGAAUGGAAGUUUGAAGCUUUAAGAGUAGGGAGGCCAGUACGUGUGGGUAGAGAUAAUCUUCAAUCUUGCAUUUUGAAGUGGUGUUUCAUAGAUGUCAAAGCUGUUCUGAGGACAAGUGCCAGAGUUCCAUAUUUCAGAAGGGAUGAGGCCUUCACUUGCUGGCAAAAAUAUAUUUCAGCUGCCUGGAAGACGAGAUUAAUGAUAGCUCUGUGCAGCCUUUACAUCUGCAUCCUAACUCCUUUUUUAAAUACAGAAAUCAGAGAUUUGGAAAGUUGAAAACGAUUGCCAGUUUGAUUUCAAGCCCAGUUUAAGGUCCCGGCUUUAAACCCUGAAUGACUCGGAUUAUGAGCCUUGGGACCUUAAGGAACACUUUCCUUGCACGCUGCAUUCAUUGAGGUCCUGCUCUGGAUUCUUCAGCUGUCUGAUGCCUGGCAUGUGUCAGCUGUUAGAGGUGCUGGGAUGUAACUCGGCUUGCACCAGAGGCUGAUGCAUCUGCAUGGGAAAGAGCAGAUAGAAAGAAGAACCUCCAAGCUUCCUAGAGAGUAUCCUUUAACCCGUGCUGAUCUUCUGUCAGGCUAGACCAAUGCUCUUAUGGUUGCUGACCUCAUUUCCUACUUCCUCCUCCUUCACCCUCAUCUUGGGAGAGGAGAUGGAAGAGCCAGCAUGGCUCGUUGCAUUUCCCACCUUGGUUAGGUCACAUCUACACCAUACAUCUAAAGCAGUCUUUAAACCACUUCAACAGCCAUGGCUUCCCCCAAAGAAUCAUGGGAAUAGUUGUUAAGGAUGCUGCCAGAAGUGGUUAGGAGAAGCCCUCACAGUGCUACAAUUCCUAGCAAGUUCCCUGGAUUCUUUUGGGAAAGCAAUGAUUGUUAAAGUGGUAGAAGAAUGCUUCAAAUGUCUGGUAUGGAUGUGAGUUAGAACUAGGAUAUUUCCUCUCAAGCACGCGUUUCCUGCAAUGAACGUAGCUUUCCUAUUUUCCUAAACACAGAAGUCACGGCAUUAUUUUAUCCGGGGUAAAGUGUCCUCUUCCAACUGUGAUUCAGUGUUCGCCUUAACUUCUGUUGAUGCAUAUAAUUUCCACAUGCCACCGUUAACAAGGAGGUAAUGAGCAAAGAAGGGAUACGGGUGGCGCUGUGGGUUAAACCAAAGACUUGCCAAUCAGAAGGUCGGCGGUUCGAAUCCCCAUGAUGGGGUGAACUCCCGUUGCUCGGUCCCUGCUCCUGCCAACCUAACAGUUCGAAAGCACGUCAAAGUGCAAGUAGAUAAAUAGGUACCGCUCUGGCGGGAAGGUAAACGGCAUUUCCAUGCGUUGCUCUGGUUAGUCAUGCUGGCCACAUGACCCGGAAGCUGUACGCCGGCUCCCUCGGCCAAUAAAGCGAGAUGAGCACCGCAACCCCAGAGUCAGCCAUGACUGGACCUAGUGGUCAGGGGUCCCUUUACCUUUAAUGAGCAAGGAGUUAAUGAACAAGGAGUUUGGUGUUGGUCCCCACCCUGUGCAAUGCCCUCUCCAUUGAUUUGUUGACUUACAUUUUGUGCAACCUUGUUCUCUCAGCCGGACAACAUCAUCAGAAGUCAGCAGGGCUUUACAGUGGUACCUCGGGUUACAUACGCUUCAGGUUACAUUCGCUUCAGGUUACAGACUCCGCUAACCCAGAAAUAGUGCUUCAGGUUAAGAACUUUGCUUCAGGAUGAGAACAGAAAUCGUGCUCCGGCGGCGCGGCAGCAGCAGGAGGCCCCAUUAGCUAAAGUGGUGCUUCAGGUUAAGAACAGUUUCAGGUUAAGUACAGACCUCCGGAACAAAUUAAGUACUUAACCCGAGGUACCACUGUACUUACAAAGCAGAAGCCAGACAUACUCUGCUGUUAACCACAGGAGUGGAAAGGGCUCUUGUGCUCAGGUUGUGCUUGCAGGUUUCCCACGGGCCUCUUCUGCUUGACUUCUGCGAGAACAGGACUAGAUGGGCUAUUGGCGUGAUCCUGGAGGCUCUUCUUAUGUUUUUUUAGCCUGUUCACCAAGUCCAUGGCUAAAAGCAGUAUGACACACAGAAUGUUUGGGUGCCAGUUGAAGGAGAAAGAGGAGGCGAACAAGAGAAGGACAGAUAAGUUGCUCAAGUCUAGGGCAGGCCUUAUCAUAAGGCAGAGUGAGGCGAUGUCCUCACGCAGCCGAUGUGGGGGAAGGGGUGGCGGCGGUGGCAGCCCCACAGCCAACACCCCCCUCCCCGACCAGCUGUUCCUCUCUGUUGGAGGUCAGAGCUCUGUGUGCCUCAUAGCUCUCCGUGCAGGUCCUAAAAUAGCCUGCAUCCCUCAGAUGUGGUACAGGAGGUUGUUUUUUUCCAGCCUCAGGCCUCCUCCAUAUGUUGCUGCAGCACAAGGUCCAUCAUCCCUGAACAUUGACUAAGCUGGCUGGGAGUGAUGGAAGUUGUAGUCCAACAACAUCUGAGGACCCGUGGUGGACUCUGCCCCAUUGCCAGUGUUGAACUGGCAGCCCAGCUGCUUCUGUACAUAGAACGGGGGUGCGGAGGGGCACGGCCUUGUCCUUUUCGGUAGGCAGCCAGCUCUCUUGAGCUUGCCCUGUGCAUGCGCUAGACCAGGGGUCAGCAAACUUUUUCAGCAGGGGGCCGGUCCUACUUGUGGGGGGCUGGAUGGUAUUUUGAAAAAUAAUAAUGAAUUAAUUCCUAUGCCCCACAAAUAGCCCAGAGAUGCAUUUUAAAUAAAAGGACACAUUCUACUCAUCUAAAAACACUCUGAUUCCCGGACUGUCCACGGGCCGGAUUUAGAAGGCGACUGGGCCGGAUCUGGUCCCCAGGCCUUAGUUUGCCUACCCAUGCACUAGACAGCUUAUGAUAAGGAUUCUGGAAGGGGAUUUCUUUUUUUUAUUAUUUCACUUUAAUACAUCACAAAAAAGAGAAAUACAAAAAUAAACAAAUAUCCAUCACCUCCUGACAACUAAAAAAGAAACAACAACACAUUGAAUAGUGUUCACAAUACUUUUAACAUAAAAAUGGUCUUUUUUCUAUAAACCUGACCUCUCGUCUACUUCUUCUAUUUCUCAUCAAUUGUUCACUGCCAUAUCAUAACAUGUUUUGGUACUAAUAUUAUUUAUUCUAUCAUGGGUUUUCCAUCAAACUUAAAACUCCUACUGAAGUGAUUGAAAUGCUGCUACAGACUUUAAACUGUCAUUACUAUUUUUCAAAUAAAUUUUAAAGACUUCCCAUUUUGUGAUAAAUACUUCCUUUGAUUUAUUUUUUAUUCUUUCUGAUAGAUUAUCUAAUUCCGCAUAUUCAAUCAUUCAAAAAAAUGAUUGGGGGGGAAAAAGGAAGCAGGAUUUUGAUUUGCCCAGUGCCUUCUAUCCAGAACUGCCACCCUUUCAUGUAUAUUUCAUAAAAUACUGAGAUGUAGCACUUGCAACUCUGUAUGGCUACACAAUACAGCAGGGAAAGGGCUGUGGUAGGGAGGGAACAAAGGUGUAUUUUGGUACUACUUUACUCCUGAAACUUCCUCUAGUGUAAGAGACCUGAACAGCAAGUCAAGGCUGCAGUUGCAGACUAGGGCGUGGGAACAUUUUGUUGCUCCAGGUCCCACAUCUCUCCUUCUGUUUACAUUUCUCUUUGCCCUUAUGCUUAGGGAAAGAUGUGAACGCAAAUCAGCUGUUUUAAUUUCCUGCAAAAGCUGAAGGUUCCUGAAGAGGAAACAGCCUAAAAACUGCUUAUAUAUGUAUUUUAGCUGAAAGCUACGCAAGGCUGUUUUCACUCACUUAGUUAAGAAAGGUUCUUUCUCAAUGCUCAGAGGCUAUCUCUUCUUCUAAUCUCCAUGGCAGUCAAAACAAAAUCCAGCCUGGGAUUUAGCAAACUCUGGCUCGUAUUAAAAGCAAGGAAAGAAAGAGGAGAUAUGAUCGCCUGGGAAGUUUGCACUGUUGUGUUGCCACCCUCUGGACCUGUCAUAAAGGAGGCACACGAAGAAGGGCCUCAGAUGAUGAGGUGGACUCAUAUGUCCCCUGGUACUUUGAACAUCCAGGUGAAGAAGAGGAUGGGAGCCCUGCAGCUUCAAUAUUUGUUCAUCUACCUGAUAAGCCACACCUCCUGAAAUUCCCUAUUCCGUACAAGUAUUAAAGGUGCAGGAACCCCAUCCUCAUUUCCUUCUGGCCACCCUACACUUAUUCCCCCUUUUAAUUUCACCAACCCAGAAAAGCUGUGCCUUUAACUUCAUUCCUCCCCCCCCCCCCGAGAUUAAAGACAACCCCCCAAAUCAAAUGCACAUAUGUUGGUAUGCAGGCGUAUAAAAUAUCUUUAUGGGCUAGUAAAGUUUGUGCACUUAUUUGCUAGCCCAAAGGAGCCUAUGCUAUUAGAAUAACAUAUUAUUUUCAAUGUAUUUAACCUCUGUUUUUAUUUGGGUGUUGCCCAAAUAAUUUAUGGUUAAACUAGGCUUCCACUUUGGCCAUUCUUAACAAACUUGCCCUUUGCGUUUAUUCUCCUCCACCCCCAAUGAAUGCACUUACAUGCAUCUGUCGUGUACAUUUCUUAUUGUUUUGGCUGAGUGAUGCAUGCAUAAUUCUUUUAAUCAGUCCCAGCAGCUGCUUAAUUUCUUUUGUGUGCCAUUUUAAUCCGCUCCACUUUCUUUUUUAUCUUGCUUGUUUGUUGUGUGUUCUGGUGAGGACAUGCUACUCUGUGUUUGAUUUCAGUAGAGCCAUGACAUUUAUUCCCUGCUACUCAUAUCCUUUAAAUCAAAAUUACAUUGCCAGCUCUGACGGGGAGGGCAUUGCAGUAUGCAUCUAAUAAUGCUAUUAUCCUUCAGCUGCAAUUGCGGUUGCUAAUUGCCAAGCAUCUGCUUCACGUUAAACUCUGAGGUUGCCUUUAAUUUUCCUCAAUCGUAUUAGCAAAGCCCCACACAGCAAACAAAUUGCUGCAGAUAUACCCGUUUUACAUCAGUGUUUUCCGCAGCAAACAAGCCCAAGUGUGGAAGUAAUAUCUGCCUGCAAUAAGUCUUGAAACACACAUGUACAUAACAUGGAAAAUAUGAUUGCACCAGGGUUUUUCAAGGCAUGCACAGUGUUAAACCCAUGUUGCUACUCAUGCUUAGGUAUGGAUGCUAAAGUACACAGUGCAUCUGACCAACGCGUGCUUUUAAGGAUCUUGACUCUUGAGUGAUGGUACGCCACAGGAAGAUUAACCUACCUCACAGGGUUGUUGAGGGUAUUAAACAAAGCAGUUGUGAGGACUGAAGAUGCCUGUCUCCCCAGCGUGCCCUAAGGCCCCCCCCCCAGGUCCUUCCUAAGCAACUUUGGCUGUUGCUUCACCCUCUUAAUUUCUCUGCAUGUUCUGGGAGACCAGGAGAGAUGGGGACUGGUUGCAGCAGGAGGGGGAGACUCCCUGGAUUCUUCAGCAGCCUGACUCAUCUCUGUCUCCUGUUCCCUCUCCUCUUCUGCCUCUGGUUCUGGACUGCUCUCUGCCACAGACUCUCCCUGCUCACUAAACCCUGUUGCCUCUUCAUCUUCUGACACCACCUCCUCCUAGUCCUCUCUCUCUGAUCACUCAUAAUGUUCCCACCACCAACCCCUGGCUCUGAGCCUCCUUCCCCUGGGGGUUGCCUUGGGCGUUCCCCAGCUGGUGCCUCCCACCACUCCUCUGCAUGCAGCCCGUUCAUGGCAUAAAGUAAAUAAAUAAAAGUACUUUCUGAUGAACUGCAGGAGAACCAAAUCAUUUAUCUGCUUCCCUUUUCCAACAUCUUAACUUGCUUUGCUGUUUCUUUUGUACCCCAGGGAUGAGGAACCUCACCCCAUUCACCAGCCCUGCUUUGCACCCUCCUCAAAGGUUUUUAACUGGCUGGAAAGUAUCCUGGCAUUCUGAUAAUGCUGCUUGCUUGCCUGGAUGGAAGGUAGAGAAGGACGUGUGAGUGUAAAUAAACCAGUUUGCCGUACAAAAGAUACAAUGCACAUUUGUUGGUCCGCCCACAUUGGCCUCUGGCUCCGCCCACUAUGGGCAUGUGGCCCCUGGAAGGUUGCCAAGAAGAGAAUGUGGCCCUCGGGAUGGAACAACAACAAGGACUUUAUUUGCGUAGCCAACAGGCCAUAGCAUCAAAGGACAAACACCGACAAAAAUACAUUACAAAUAUAGUUACCGUAUAAUCUUAUGGCCUACUAAAACCCUAGGUAAAAGCUGGAUUAUCAUUCAUCAAUGACCCUCUGUCCCAUGGGCGGCGGCCUUUUCUCUGGUAGGUUGUUCCAGGUCGGUUAAGUAAAUAGACCAGCCAAAUUGAAAGAAUAUAAAUAUAAAUGGUCAGGACAGGGAGAAAGAUAAUAAUAACCAGAUGCAGAUAAAUUAAUAAUCUCAGUACUUAAAACUUGGCAGAGAUAAUAAAAUACUAAUAAUAAAACAUAAUGAUAAUAGUGAUAAGAUCCUAAGCGAGAAAUCCGGGUGACGACACUGAUGUCAUUCAGAUGGCAGCUCUCAGUCUCAUUGCUUUCUCGAUAAAUUUAGCAACCUUCUCCGUUGUCGAGCUGUUCUGGUCGGCUAGGAGUGAGAACAAUUUGGCUUCACAAGAGCGGCCCGGGAUGGCAGAUAGGAGUGGCGUGAUGGUCUCAUCCCUGAGAUCUUUAUAUAGGGAACAAGACAGGAGAACGUGUGACACAGUCUCUACGUAGCCAGCUCCACAGGGGCAGAGCCGGUUCCCCAGCCCUCUUGUAGCCCCGCUUGCACGACAUUAAAGGGACUUAACAUGAGUGCAAGGACAAACUGUUCUGGCAGUUUGGACUAUGACUAUCUUUGCUUUUUAUCUUCUUCGCUGAGGUGGUUAGAGAGCUGGAUCAGGACCUGCAAAACCAGGGCACAAAUCCCUACUUGGCCAUGCAGCUCACUGGGUGACCUUGGGCCAGUCACUGCCUCUCAGCCUAACCUAGCCCACAGGGUUGUGGGAUUAAAUGAGAAGCGGGAGAAUCAAGUGCACCAACUUGAGCUCCCUGGAUAAAAAGGUGGGGUAGAAAUGCAAUAAAGGAAUAAUUUCAUUGAAGCCAAAAUAUUAUCCUCAUGGUCUUCCCUAUUAAGCAGCUGGUUCAGACUUUACUGCCGUCCACCGUUCUACCCAGAACAUCUUCCCAUAACAGCAGAAGCAGUAGCAUCUGAAAACCUUUUGACAUCUGGGUCAGUGGAGAGUGGUAGCGCUGCCAGCAGCCAGCCCUGCAGGAAAGUGCAGAGCUGGCAUGCAGCGCCACUGUGCAUUUGUGCAGAGGCACACAGCAAAAAAACUUCUUCAGUGUUCAAUAUGGAGUUGGGAAGAGCCUUUUAAGUGGCGGGUGAUAAUGUUGGCCCAAAGGCACUUGGGAUCGUGGAGUCAGUGCAGAGAUGUGGGUAGUGUGUUCGGUUUGAACGAGGGAAACUUAAAAGUUUAAAAGCCUCUCUCAGCUACCAAGUUCCUUUGGUGUCCUGCAACAGCUUGGCCAGUCCCUGUCUCAUGGGUUUGUUCUGAAAGCAAAUGAGCUGCUUGCGAUCUUAGGUUCUGAGCUGCUGGAAAUGAGGAUGCUCACACAAGUACAGUGAUACCUCGGGUUACAGACGCUUCAGGUUACAAAACUCUGCUAACCCAGAAAUAGUGCUUCAGGUUAAGAACUUUGCUUUAGGAUGAGAACAGAAAUCAUGCAGCGGCGGCAGCGGGAGGCCCCAUUAGCUAAAGUGGUGCUUCAGGUUAAGAACAGUUUCAGGUUAAGAACGGAUCAUCGGAAUGAAUUAAGUACUUAACCCGAGGCACCACUGUAUGUCGAACUUAUUCUUGCGGCAGAGGAUGUGCCUUGAACACCAGGGAUGGGGAACCUGUCCCUGGUGUACGCUAUGCUGUGGGACUCCUCCAUCCCCAGGUCUGCGAUGAUGGGAGUUGGAGUGCAGCAAGCACCUGUGGCCCUCCAUCCCCCUUGCAUACCAAGACGUGCAAUAAAAACCAUGUAUUCUAAUAGAGCUGCUGCCUAUUUGAUUUUUGUUUUAAACUUUGUAAUUUUGUUUAACUUGUUUUCAAUUAACUGGUUUUUUUAAAAAAAAAUACAAACAUUUUAAAUUUUUGUAACCCGCCCUGGGACAUUAGGGUGAAGGACAAUAAUAAUACUGUAAUAAUGAUGAUGGAAUAUGACACCUUUCCGUCAGCCUUGGUGCCUUUAAUAGCACACCAGAUGUAGAAAUUUGACAGAUGUAGACUUCUCCUUUACAAUAUCUGUGUCAUGGCGGAAAUGGCAUCUGUCAAAUUUCUGGCAUCACACAGCUGUUAAAAUCCACUGGAAAUAAUGGGCAAGAUCUAGCCAAAGUGAGCCAUAUUGGAGUCCCACCGAUUUAAACAAGUCCGUGACUCUCUCACUGAGAUUUUUACGACUCUCAAAUAACUUUCUUUGGCUAGAAUCAUUCUCUGUUUAUUUCUUUAUUUGCUGAUUUUUCUCCUUAAUGAUCUGCAAGUGGUAACAAUGAAAUGCCCAAAAAGAAGAGUAAAGAUAAAAAUCACAUCAUGAACAAAAUUAACACCAAACUCCAAGACAAGUUUAAAAACUGCAUUGCUCAUGAUAAAAAUAUAGCUGCACACCAGAACUCUUAAGUUCUAGCAAUAAUGAUAAUAUUAACAACAAUAACAAUAAUAGUUGUUAUGAAUUUAUUUAUCACUUGCCCUUCACUUUAAGGUUCAAGGGCAAGCUACAACCAUGAAAAUGUCUUCUAGAACAAUUUUCCAAAGUUGGAAAAGGAAUUGGACGGGCAGUUCUCUUUGGACAUAGAAAUCUGUAACUGGGAAGCCACCACCAAGAAGGCCCCAGAUGAGCCUUCACUAACCCGGUAUCCUCCUGAAGUUUUGGACUGCAGCUCCUAUCAGCCCCAGUUCCUGCUGGCUGGGGCUGAGGGGAGUGUAGUCCAAAACAUCUGGAGGAGAACAAGUUAGUGAAGGCUGUCCUAGAUUUUAUGGACCUCUCUGGAAGAUCUUAAUGCACACAAGGGCUUAAUGGCAUAAUCUGAGAUCUGCCAAUGCUAAAUGCUAAUGGUACCUAGUUUUCUAUUGCAGUGUAUGGUGACACAGAACACAGGAAGCUGCCUCCUAGUGAGUCAGACCAUUGGUCCAUCUUGCUCAGUAUUGUCUACACUGACUGGCAGUGGCUCUCCAGGAUUCCAGACAGGAGUCUUCUCUCUGACCUUGCUGGAAGUGCCAGGGAUUGAACCUGGGACCUUCUGCAUGAGAGCCAGUGUGGUGUAGUGGUUAAGAGCAGUAGACUCGUAAUCUGGUGAACCGGGUUCGCUUCCCCACUCCUCCACAUGCAUCUGCUGGGUGACCUUGGGCUAGUCACACUUCUCUGAAGUGUCUCAGCCUCACGCACCUCACAGAAUGUUUGUUGUGGGGGAGGAAGGGAAAGGAGAAUGUUAGCCACUUUGAGACUCCUUCAGGUAGUGAUAAAGCGGGAUAUCAAAUCCAAACUCUUCUUCUUCUUCUCUACCACUGAGCUACAGCCCUCUUUCCCCACCCCCCAUGGUGUUGAUAUUUUUCCAGAAUACAAUUAUUUAGCAUUGCUGCUUUGAUCCGUCCCCCCCACCCCACAUAAGUCUGAACAAUUGCUUUAAAGAUCACAGACCCAAAGGCAUCUGACCAAAUCAACCCAAACUAUUUUGCUCAUCUAACACACCUCCAUACAAGCCAUGGCAAUGCCCUUCUUACAGAUGAAUCCAUGCCAUCCACAUCACCCCACGCUACAAGCACAGGACGAGAGUGAACAAGGCACCUUGCUCAAAGAGACACCUUUAGGCAAGGAAUAGUCUAAAUAAUUCAAGCAGACAAAUUGUUUCGUGUUCUCCAUUCUAAAUAUAACAACAUCAUUAAACACUUUAGCCACUACCUUGCAUAUUUCCUUUGUUUUUACAAAGCCGAGCAUCCAAAUGCAAGCGAAUUAAAACGUCAAUUGUGAAUUUUAUCCUUCCUGCUUUUUAUUAUUACUGUACUUACUUUUUGUAGUUAAAGCACAACAUUUCCCUUCCGGAUUUCUAAAUACGUUUCAUGCUGCUUCCUGCUUAUGAUUGCUUUAUUGCUUGUGCCAACUGAAUUGCCUUAAGUGGUGGUUGCUACCUCUGCAGGCCAGGAAUGAUUACAGGCUCAUUUUGUGGCAAAACAUUGCAAUUUCAGCAGCUAUCAAUCAACUCAAAGUGGCAGCGGUCUUAUCUAUACCUUCUCUUAGGGAUGUUACUUCUUUUUGUAAAUGUUUUGAAGGGCAUAGCUUUUGUCUUCAUCAGCUGGGGUUAAGGUUCCCCUAGCAAUGCCAGCUGACCUGAAAUUAACUAACUUGGCCUGCUUGUGUGCCUCAAAACACACCCUAGGCAACAACCCCUCACUGGCCCCACUUUGCACUUGUGUUUUUGCCUGGCUGGAAUGUAUUUCUGAAAAUGAACUCUGAAAAUGCCACUUGCUUGCUUGGAUAGAGAGAUACAUGAGCAGAAACUAGUCUACUGGACAGAUUGGUUGCCGGGCAUCUGUCUGUCUUUGGGAGAUUAUGGAGGAGUGCGCCUUCAGGGGCAAAGUCGAACUGUUGGGGAGUUACAGCGCCUGUUGUGGCUGUAGAGACCGAUGUGGGAGAGACAUGUUUUGCUGCAGCUGGGGCAGAGGAAGACAUCCAGUUGUGCUGCUGCAGAUGGCGUUUCUUUUCUCUGCUCCUCCCUGCAGUCAUUCCUCCUCUGGGUCUGUUGUGGAUACACAACCUGACUGAUGGUAUAUUUGUUGCUCUACCUGCUUUUGCCUCUGUCUCCUCCCGUCACUGGCAUGUGGUCCUCAUAAUGUUGCUGAGAAGGGAAUGUGGACCUCAGAUGAAAAAAGACCUGCACUACAUUGGCAAUUGAGUUGAAGGUCAAGAUAUCCCUCUGGGGAGGCAAUGGGAACCUGCACACCUUAGCAACAAUGUCUUGGGUGACUUCUGUUGUGGUAGCUGAUGCAGCAGGCUGAGGCAUGACACCAGAGCAUUGGCCAUUGUGUCCCAUCUGUGAGCACCAGUGUUCAGUGUGCAUUGUCAUUCCCACAUGCAGUUUGUUCCCUUGUCUUUGCUCUUUGCUUUGUUUGAAUAGGUGCUUCUUUGACAAAGGAUUGCAAGUAGAUUCCUUUUUGCAUGCAGGAGAUAUUAAGUCAUCUGCCCAAAUGCUUCCUCCACUGUAAUUAGCAAAUAAAGGUAAAGGGACCCCUGACCAUUAGGUCCAGUCGUGGCCGACUCUGGGGUUGCAGCGCUCAUCUCACUUUAUUGGCCGAGGGAGCUGGUGUACAGCCACUCGUGUCCCCCUAAUUAGCAAAUAGUCCUGUGUUAAAGUCUGUGUGUAUGCUGGGCUUAUAAUGCUGCUUUUUGUAACCCUAUUUUGCUGAGGUGUUCACAAAGGGACAAAUGUUGCCGUUCGAACCAGCAGCAUAAUGCAAGCAAUAAGCUUGAAGCCAGGGAAAUCACAAAAGUAACUGGGACAGCUGUAUUUGUAAUUUUUAAAUAUAUCUAUAUUCCUGGCCCAUUGAUGGGGGACUAGAAUUCUGAGUGAAAUUUGCCCCCAAGCUGUAGGAUUGUUUGUGUUUUCCUCCUUUUCUCAAAACUAAGUUAACACAGGAAAUACCCCUGCAAUUAAAUAUUACUCCAUUGUGGCAGCAUUUCAGUGGCUCUCUGCACUAGGGCAAUGUUUAUUUGGUUUUCAGAAAAUGAUUAUUAGGGACUCUUCAGCUGCAGAUCUCCAAAGAUACACCAAAAUAAAAAAAAGCAAAAUUGAGCAGGCAGUUAAAAAGAUCCAAUGGAAAAAUAAAAGGCCUGGCAAAUAAAAGUAAGUUUUCAAGGUGGUGCUGAAAAGAAAGGCAGUGCUAGGUGAAUCUUUCUGUCUACUGAAAUCCAUAAAUGGAGUGCUACAGCUGUAAAGGCCCUGCCACUCCUCUUAAUUCAGAUGAUAGGCUGAACUAGAGCAGGGCCUCUGAAACUGGUCUCAACAUUUGGGUGAUUCCAUUCAAUAUAUCUUGCAAUAGCUCUUCUCCAGCUGAAUCACAAUGCAACAUAUAACCUAGCAGAAAUGGAGAAAUUUUGGGCAGGGAAGGACAAGAGAAAUUUGUGGCCAGAUGAAGUAGUUUAAACAGGUUGGAUUUCUUCUUCAUAGUGCCCUUAAAACACAGUGCCUCUUUCAAUGAAACAAGACCGUCUCCUUAUAAAUGGUAACUUUCAAAUAUAUAAUAGGUUUGGUAGUUGAUAUUGGGGGGGGGGGGGGGGCGAGUUUCAGUAACCAAUAAACAUGUGACUUUCCUUUUGUGACUUUCCCCUUUAGCAACAAGCAAGAUUCUCUUGACAAGUUUGACUCAACUUGAAAUUAAGGAGUUUUCUCUCCAUUACAUUUUGUUUACAAGCCCUGAAAUAGAGUGAAGGUAAACACUCUUGUUUUUCUCCUCCAUACUAAUGUCACUGAGGAUCAGGGCACUUUUCAUAAACAGCUCUGCACAGAGACACAUUUGUUUUGUUUUUUAAAUCUAUCUGAACAGCUCCUGCAUUGUAAGUGAGGCUUGAGGUUUCAAAAGGACAGUAUAUUUUCGUGCCUGUUCAUAUCUGCCCAGAACUAAGUGCCAUUGAGUUUGAUGGGCCUUUUUCCUGGGUAAGCAUGCAUAGGGGUUUUAGUCUUUCUAAUUCUCUUCAUGCCUCGUGUUUUAUCCAUUUCAGCUUAUACCUGCCUAUGACAGGAGCGGGCGAUCUGAAAGUCUUGGCCAAAAUCGUGUGGGUGUCAAGGAGUCAAAAACCGGGGAGAUAGACACAUAGGGUGACAGAGAAAAGGGUGUGAAGAAAAAAAAAUUGGUAGCAGGAAAAGUGGGAGAAAGGGGUGACAGAAAGAGAGAAAAUGGAGUUCCCCAUCUAUUUAUGGCUCUUCCCCCUCCCCACUGCCUCUGACCCCAAAAUAUAUCUCCCAUUAUUCCCAGGAGAAUAUGGUGUAUACCCCAAUCCUGGUAUACAGACUUGACAGUUUUGGCCUCUGUGGGAUGCUCUGUAUAUUCGGUGAAGCUUCUCAGGCACUCCUGAUGCUUUGGACUACAACUCCCAUCAGCCCCAGCAAACAUGGCCAGUUGAGGGAUGGUCGGAGUUUUCCAAAACUGCUGGAGGGCACCAGGUGGCGGGAAGAUGCUUCGGAGGCGUCUUCUAGCCAUAUAUCCCAAGUUACCCCGGAGUCCUCCUUAUGGGACCCGUUUCCCACUGGAUGAUUCAUCGUUGGAGCUGAACAUUAGGAAAGAGGCUCCUGGAGGCCAACAUAAUAAUGGCAACAUUUUUUUUUUUAAUCGCGCCACUCGUGCGCUUUGCUCUGCUGUCCCUUCCCAAAUGUUUGUUACUCCUUUCCGGUUUCUUGGGGGGAGGGCGCGCGCUUCCACCUCUUUCCCUCUGAGGACACGGGUGGAUCUGCCACACGAUCUAGUUCCGCCCUAAACCGGGUGGUAACAAACCCACCACGUGCACCCCACUCUCCCGCGUCGCUUGUAAAGCUCCACACCAUACAAACCAGGCGCCCGGAAAAAACAACAACUAAGCGACGCUUUUCUACUUCUGCUGCCCGAGAGCUCGAGACUGCAGCCGCCGCCGAUCAAUAAGUGGGUGGACUCGCGACUCCUUCGGUUGCCGUGACUUUGAUUCUUGUUUAUUCUUCGCCGCCUGCGAGCGCGGCGCCUCCCUCCCUCCGUCUUUCCAGCAGCCAGCCGCGCUUCUGGGUGCGGGGCGUUUGUGUGUGUGUAUGCGCGCGCGUGUGUUUGUGUCGCGGGGAGGUUUCGGCUGCUUUGCGCGCACAUGCACGCGCGCGUCUGGGGACAGAGCUGGAAAGCAACAGGGAGGCAGGGAGGCAUACAGGCUGCUGUUGCUGUGAUCCUGCUUCUCCAGGGCCACUUUGCAAAGGCUGCUCGAGGAGGAGGAGGAGGAGGAGAAGGCAAGCUGCCACCGAGGCGGCUCGCUAGAGAUGCGCGCGGCGUGAUGCUAGCUGCUGCUGGCGCUGCUGCGUGCCGCCGCCUCCUCGUCCGCCGCGCCUCUCUCCUUCUGUAUCUUUCCUUCUGCUAACUGAUUCCUUUCCCCACCCACCCCUUUCCCCCACCCUCUCUUCUCUUCUCUUGCUUGGCUGCUGCUGCUGCCUGCUGCCGGCAGGACCCAUUUGCUCCUCUUCGGGCUACAAGAAGGCAGAUGAUGAGAUGUCCGGGGCCACGUCCUCUGCGGACCAGGAGGAGGCAGCAGCCCGCACCAUUUACUUGAACCAGCCACAGCAGAGCAAGUUCCACGACAACCGGGUCAGGUAAGGGGAAGGCGCACCAGGGGGAGAGAGAGAGAAGCAGAAGCAGAGUGAACUGUGUGGGAAGUGACUGCUCUGGAUUGAUCCUCCAAAUGGGCCAGGAAAGAAGUUAGGCUUGCUGGGAGUGGCUCCCUGACUUUGACUCCAUCCUACAGCUCUCAGGCACAAUGGUCUGUUUUUUGCCAGAGGUCCACUUUGAUAAAAAGUAUUCAUGUGGUGGUGAGGGAGACUGGCAAGGCUUCCACCCACAAAUUCAGCGUACCAAAGUGCCCUUGCUGCCUCUGAAGUGGCAGAGUUUCCGAGUAAGAGGCAGCAUUUGCCAGCCACGUUCUGAUUCCCUAAUCCAGAGGUGGUUUAACCUUAAAUGUUUCCAGCGGUUGCUGAACUACAACUCCCAUUAUCUCCAAGCAUUAGCAGUGCCGGUUGGGGCCAGCGGGAGUUGCAGUUCGGGAUCUGGAGGUGAUCUGAUUCACCGCUUGUCAGCUGGUGGGUCUGGACCUACUAGUGGGUCACAGCCUGGUCCAAAGUGGGUCGCAAGAGGAACGCUGCCACCAUGCAACCAUAGGGCAAAAGAUUAAGAAAUGGGUCCCCAAAUGCACCUUUGGGUCAAAAGUUGGUCCUGAGUCCAGAAUAGUUGACUUUUUAAAAAUAAUAUUUUUAUUAAAGUUUUCUUGGUUUACAAAGGUAUGCACAAUCUCUCUUUUUUCCAGUUACAUUUUCCAUAGGUCAGUUUUAUUUGUUGAGACAUUAGGGUUACAUUAGGAAGAAAGGGGGGGGGAGAGGUGGAGGGGAGAAAGGCGAGUGGGAACAGUUGACUUUGGAAGCAUUAUGUAGUUGGUUGGGAGGAGUACAUGCCUAACUGUAACGCAGGAGCAUAUAAUUGGGAAGAUGUCGUGGUUUAUGCUUGUACAUGUCCACACCAGGCUGAUUUCUGGUGUUGCUGCUACAGGGGAGGGUUGUUUGUUUGUUCCAUCUUGGCUCUGGCCCAUGCUGAAGCUGUGCCCUUUGAGCCACAACAAUAGCUGUGUAAGUCGAGUGAGUAACAAGCAGUGGCAGGCAAGGACCCAGUGUGCUCCUCCUGGCCAGAGCAGUCAAGAAAGGAAGAGAAGGUCAGUGGCAGGUGAUGGAUAAUAGGCUCUUAUUUGCAGGAGAAUAAGGCGAGAGGCAGUAACAGGUGGGGCACAAUGGUGAGAGAUCAGUUACCAGCCAUCGUACAGCGGCUCUCUCAGCAAGACAAUUACAAGACCUAAUAAUGGAUGGCACUGUUGGCAGCUCCCGUACCAAGGAGAGAGAUUACAGCUGUGCCGUGCUUGAUUUUUGGUCUCUCAAAGGGUGCAGGAAUACGCCAUGCGCGUGAACGUAAUAAGCAUAAUGUAUCAGCCUUGUUCGUGCACUUACUCACUUCCAUACAGUAGCAGGAGCAGAGUCAUGCUUUAGACCUCAUGUUGCAUCCCAGUCCUACCCUUAGGCAGAGUCAAGCAAUCCCAUCAGGUGGCAGAUACUGAGGGGCAGAAGGGAGAGGAAUGGUAGACCCUCUGGCCAUUCCUCCCAAGCCCUCUGGUCAUUCCCCUCUGUUAAGAGAUUAGAGCAGUGUGUGUGACACAAAGCCUGUCAUGCCCCUUGCCAAAAACUAGUGGGAUCCCCUAAGCCCCACUCAGGUGCAGUGGAGGAUGCUGUUGGGAGCCACCCAGAGUGGCUGGGGAAACCCAGCCAGAUGGGUGGAGUAUAAAUAAUAAAUUAUUAUUAUUAUUAUUAUUAUUAUGCUGUUGCAUCACCAGCAGUCCGACAGAUAUUGAUUCUUCCAGGUGUCAGGCAGGGGUCUUUUUCAUCACCUAAGCCUCAUUUUUCCUAAAUAAUUGUAUGUUGAGUAAAGUAAUGGAGAGAGUCAUCACAUAGAUCAGUAGACGCAGUUAGGUCUGUGGUUAAAGAAACCAUAGAUCAAACUUGUUCCCAACCCAUAACUUUCCAUCAUAUUGGGACAACAUGCUGGGUUAGUUGUAGAUAAAAGCUUUAUGACAUGCCUGCAAUGUAGAAAGGGGCCCUUACAAUGUUGUAAAUCAAAGUCUGUUCCAGUGAACUCAGUGUGAAAUUAGUUUUCAGAACACCGCCAGCAAAAAUAAAAUACCUGUCUAUGUGACGCUGACACAUAAGCUUAUGCUCAUAUACUGUGCUAAAGAAUGAAAUGUUACCAUCUCCCCCUUUCCACCCCUCUCUCUUCUCCCACAACCCUAUAUUACCUAUACAGUAAUGCCUCUGAAUAUGACUGACUUCUUUGAAUGAUACUAUGACUUGAAAACAGAGUCUCAGUAUAUUCUAUUGCUACCCAAGAAAAGCUCAAUAAAGACAUAAAAUAAAAAAGGCUGGUAGAAUUGGAGCCAACGUCCCAUUUUUUCCCACCUUGGUGGUGCUUUCAGUGAUAAAUACAGUAAUUUGUAAUUUGGGCAGAGAAAGGGAGGAGACACCCCAUCAUCAUAAAGCUUUGCUUUGGACAGCGAGUUUUAAAAAUCCAAUCAAAGCAAAGUAAGCAGUGUGUUGGUUGAAGACUUUUAACAGCCCUAAUAAACAGCAAGGCUUUGAUCAGCAGGCUCCUCGUUGUGUUUCGAAGUGGUUAUAGCUUCAAUUUAAGGAGAUCAGCAACAAUUUGACAAAGUGCCUCAAAAUAAUUUAUGCAACCGAAUUAUGCAAGAAAGAUUUAGGGUGAUGGCUCUUUGGCACACCCUGAGAGCCUGACGAAACACAAUGUCGUUCAUGGAAUUAAAGAUGGUGUGGAUGGAUUUUCAAAAUGUAAGUGGAAAGCGGGAGGAGGUUGUCCAGGCUUGUUUCCCAACCUUGGGCGGUGUACUUGUGUGUUAGGGGGCUUUAACCCUUUGCUCCCUGCUGUUAUCCUGAUCUGGAUCAGGCCCAUCUGCACUAGAAAAAGUGAAUGGGUCCCCCCAUGGGUGUAGCAGCUCCAUUUGAUCAACUCUGUCUAAUAUUCAAGGGUAGGGCAUUCCAUUGGGGAGAUGCCACAACAAUAAAAGCCUGAUUCCUACAUUGUGUGGAGCAGACCUCCUGUUAAAAUGGUAUGGAUGGGAGGCCCUCAUCUGCAGUGAUUGACUGAGACUUUCAGGCAUCAAGAGAAUUACCUUUAUGAAUUUUCUCCCAACACUUAGCUGAAACCUGAUUCCCUCCAACUUUCAACAGUUAGUUCUAAUUCUGUCUUCUGAAAUGACAGAGAACAAAUAAUGCCCCCCCCCUAUUUGAGAUGUCUUUUGUCUAGGAAAGGGACGUGGGUGGCGCUGUGGGUAAAACCUCAGCGCCUAGGACUUCCCGAUCGUCAGGUCGGCGGUUCGAAUCCCCACGGCGGGGUGCGUUCCCGUCGUUCGGUCCCAGCGCCUGCCAACCUAGCAGUUCGAAAGCACCCCCGGGUGCAAGUAGAUAAAUAGGGACCGCUUACUAGCGGGAAGGUAAACUGCGUUUCUGUGUGCUGCGCUGGCUCGCCAGAUGCAGCUUGUCACGCUGGCCACGUGACCCGGAAGUGUCUUUGGACAGCGCUGGCCCCCGGCCUCUUAAGUGAGAUGGGCGGCACAACCCCAGAGUCGGACACGACUGGCCCGUACGGGCAGGGGUACCUUUACCUUUACCUUUUUGUCUAGGAAGCUUUUCAUGACUUGGUUCCUGGGGUUUGCCCCAUUGUAGUUAAGAACUAGUUUAUUGACUCACUUUUACAGCUUUGUCUUACUGUGAUUACACUUGCAUAUAAACAUUACAUUUUAAACAACAGGAUUACCAUUUUCCAACUUGGGUUAUUACUAAUCUGGCUGAAACUCUCUUGAAAAUAAUGUCAAUCCUCUCUCUUUUUUCUUUUUAUAAGAUAUUUAUUGAAAUUUUCAAAGUGUUACAAAGUAAAAUAAAAGCAGAAGAAAAUACAAAAUAAAAAUAGUUAACAAAGUAGAAAAAGAAAACAAACCCCUUCCAACCAUACGAAUACAAAUUCAAAAAUAAGAAAAAAAACAGGAAAAAAAAACAAAAAUACACCACAGACAAUUAAGAACAUUUAAAAACAAAUUCAUUAUUCUCGAAUCCUCAACUGUCAUUACCUUCUUUCUUUGACCUCCUCCUCCUCCCUUUCUUUGUAUCCUAGUUAUUAAUUAUCCCAGCAAAUCCUUUCCAUAUUUCAUAAUAUUCUGUCAUUACAUUACCGUAAACUGUUUUAAUCUUAUCUUUCUAUAAGAAAAUAAACCUUAAAGCUUAAAACUUAAAUCUUAUCCUUACCAACUUCUCCUAAGCAUAAUAUUCUUUCAUAAUUCUUUAAACAUCUUUACUAAAGCCGAGUAAUUUCAUUCCAACAUUUUUCUAACAUUCAUCAAUUUUAUAAAACAGUUCUAAUGGUAGAAAAAAGAAAUACAAACAGAUCCAAUCUUCAUCCAGUGUCCCUUCCUCCUGGUUCCGGGUUUUGUCAGUCCUUAUUAUCCCAUCGAUCUAGCCCAUUAACCUGGCAACCUUAUAUCCGAGGCCCUCAAGUCUCUUCCAUGUCCCUUCCGCAGCUCUUCUUCAUAUUUGUAACUGUAUUUUCCCUUGUCUCCUGCUCGUGGUAACUCCAGCUUGGCAAUAUUUUUAACCCUUCUCGACAGAUCAGCCCCUUUUCCAUAUUCAGCACUGAAUUCCAUGUGGUAUUUAAAAGCAUGUUUCAAAGACCCUCCAAAAUUAAGAGCCCCCACAAUCCCAAACAUCUCACGGCCCAUUGCCAGAUUUGAAAAGUCCAAACAUCCCACCAGCCCCCCAUUUCCAAGCCAAACCAAACUUUUUCUUUCCAAAUCUGGCUUUUUCCAAGUUCAUUUGUCAAAUCCGAAAACUCAUAUUCCUGUUGGGCCUGUUCUGUCAGGACACACUCCUGAUUUAAUUCCUGGGUGGGCUCCACAUAUUUUCCCACUGUCUGUUCAAAAUUUCCCACUGCCUGUUCAAAAUUUCUAGUCGAAGUCGCAAUCAAAUUCACCUUCUCAUGUAACUGUUCCAGUAGGGCAUUUGUUUUAUAGAAAGCACACAACAAAGCUUCUGAAUACAUUGUCCUGCAAGGUCGAAUGCCUAUUCCCACGAUUGUAAUCCAUAACAGCUGCCGGCUCCCUGGAGUUGGUUACAGUUUCACAGUCUCCCUCUAGGGGGAAAACUUCUAUUUGUUCUUGCAACAAAGUUUCCCUUUUUGAGAUACUUUGUCAAUAUUUAUUCCUUUAAAGUGCGAAGGGAAACAGUGGAAUCACUAUGUUUCUCUUCUUUUAGCUAUCUGUCAAAAACGUUUGUCUCUGGUCAAUGAACUUCAAACGUCAGUCCUGACACCCCGCUCCAGGAUCAGGACGGAGGAAAGUUGCUUUACUUUAAACUCACUUUAAAGAGUCCGAAAAAAAUCCCCCUUCUUCUCCUGCUGUCGAAGGGGGGUUCCACAAUUUUAAAUGAUGAAAUCCAAUCCUUUAAAGGCGAUUUUCUGAGCUCUAGUUUACGUUGUCUUUGCUUUAUUCUGUCUACAAAAGAACGGAAGGCUGACUUCCUGUUUAGACCUUCCCGUUCCGUACCAAAUUGAAAUAGAUUUUUAAGAUCCAAUUCCUUUCUGCUCACAAGUCCCCAUUUAGUGUCCAGUUGUUCAAAGUCUAAGUACUCACGGGUGCUUAUUUUAGAGUCCAAAUUGUCCCAGGAAAAAGGCAGCGCUCUCCGGCAACGGCUAUGCAGCUUUGCUCCACGGAAAUAGCAGUUGACUCACAGCACUGCGCCGCUUCCCCUUCUUCACUUCGGAGCCCGUUAGUGGGUUCCUUAGCGAGUUGGGGGGGCGCUAAAGGUGCCCGCCGAGUCCCAUGGUCACAGGCUUCAUCCGCCUGUGAUUUUUAAAAGGGUCCCCGCUUCGCCGUAGCGGAGAAGACCCGUUUCCCGCGGAGCUAGUCCCUCCAGUUCAGAGGGAGUCCGCCAUUGCCGAUGGCGCCACCCCGGAAGUCCCGGCCACCCCGGAAGUCCCAAUGUCAAUCCUCUCUACUCCCUGAAACAAAGCAGUAUGCUUAAGGCCGCAAUGUUAUGCAUACUUACCUAAGAGUAAGGACCCGUCUGUACCGUACGUUUAAAGCAUCACCAUUCCACUUUAAGCAGACAUGGCUUCCCCAAAGAACCCUGGGAACUGCAGUUUGUUAAGAGUGAUGAGCAUUGUUAGGAGACUCCUAUUCCUCUCAUAGAGCUACAAUUCUCAGAGUGGUUUGACAAUCGCCCUUCCUAGGGAACCCUGGAAAUUAUAGCUCUGUGAAGGGAAUGGUCUCCUAAUAAAUCUCAGCUUCUCUUAACAAGUAAGUCAGUAAGUCCCACUGGAUUUAGUGAGGCUUUCUUCCUGGUGUGUAGGUAUAGGGUGGUAUUCAACCAAGUUUUACUCAAGAGUAGUUCCACUGACACCAUUAAUUUCUCUGGGUCUGCUCUGAGUAAACUCUGGUUGAAUUCCACCCAUAGGAGUGCAGCUUUAAGGAGGAACUUAAUUUUCUCCUGCUGAAAUCAAUGGAACUUUGAAUUGUUUCACUUUGACCAGAUCAUGCCCUAUAUAAAUAACACUCACAAUUUUCCGAUCUACUGAUUAUCUGAACAUUUUGGAUAAAUGAUCCUCUUAGGCUUUUAAGGGCUGUGCAUUUGCUCAUACAGCAAAAUAUUUCUGUACUGCUUGACAAGUGGGAGAUGGCAGAUGCCCAUUUAAAAUUAUGUCUACAGAAUGUUAUUUUUUAUUCUGACUUACUGUGAUCUUGUAGUAUGUUUGAACAGCUUUAGUUGUUUUUAUGUUUCCUUCCUUCCUGCUUAUUGCAUCUUGGUUUAGAUUAGCCUUCACCAACUUGGUGUCUUCCCCACAUUUUUGACUACAACUCCCACCAGCCUCACUUGACAUGACCGCAGUUGUCACCCGAAAACAUCAGAAAGGCGGCUGGUUUGGGAAGGCUGGCUUUAGGUAUUAGCUACCUUACCUUAUUGUUAGUAAUGCUUUUUAUAGGAGUGUUCUUCAAUCUUGGAUACCUUGGUGAUUCAGGACUACAACUCCCAUCAUCCCCAGCCAACUUAGCCAAUACCCAAGGAUGAUGGGAAUUGUAGUCCAACAACACCAGGGAAUCCAAGAGUGUUGAAGAACACUCUUCUAGAGAUCCUUUUGGUGUACAAACUGCUUUGUAAAUAUUAUCUAAUAGAUCCUCCUGUACACUUUGUGAGGCAUGAUGGGAGAUUUACUUAUCCUAAGUUACCCACAGAGUUUCACGGCUUACCAGGGAUUUGAACUUGGUUUCCUUGCUGCCAAGCAUAAAAUGCUAAAUUUCCCAUAGAAAGUUAGAGAUGGUGUUCAAGUCGGGCUGAUAGCUUGUGUGUGCAUUUUUGAAGUGGGUGUCCCAGAAGGCUUAAACUGGACACCAGAGGUGGUCGUGGAGAUGUAGUAAACUUUUAGUAGCAUGGUCACGGCUGGAACGGCUUUGAAGGUCAGCCAGUGCAGUCUUGGCACAGACUUUGCACAGAGACAGGCUCCUUCUCUUUUGCACCCUUCUUAAAGAAAAGAAGAGCAGCUAGCAAGAUGUGUAGAGACCUCAAGAAGACAUGGGGAAGAUGCCCAGGGCCCAUCUCUCCAGGGCAGACUGCAUAGGGUUAAAUCAUGGGAAUAGCUAAGUUGGCUUGAACUUGGUUUGUGGACCUUGUGUUGUCUUCCCCCCCUGUUCUAUGCAUUGUGGGGUGCUCCCAGGCUGUUGAUAUUUUGGAGUGGCAUUUAGCCACAUAUCAAGUAUUUCAGAUUGUACAAUUAAAGUUGAUUUGGAGCUCCUGCACAACAAACAUCCUCUCCCCCACCCUUAAAAAACCCCCAGACUUUUGCAAUAUGGAAAGUGAUGAGAAGAUGCACUGGAAAGUGGGGGAUAACGUUUUCUUGAUGCAACAUCGUCUAGCCUCCCUGCAAACAAAUUAGGGUGUAUGCUCAAUAAACAGGUUGUCUGGAAGUGACUGCAUGGUGCAAGCCUAUGCAUGUCUGCUCAGAAGUAAGCCCAAUUAAUUUGAAUGGGACUUACUCCCAAGUAAGUGGGUAUAGGAUUGCAACAUUAGCUGCAGUCUCCCUCUCUUUUGCGAUUCAUCAUUAGGGAAGGGUGGGACCACACAGAGAGCAUGUUGUGCAUGCUGUAAGAGCGCAUUGCAGUGAAGGGAAUGGGAGGCAGAAAGGGCAGGAGACCUUUCUUGCAGCCUCAAAAGAGGUUGGCAGUGAUGAUCUUUUUAAUCUGCUUCUUUGGAAGUUCUUUGCAAAGUGCAUCAUUAUGUGUUGAGCACAGCAGGAGCCUUGCUCUGAUAAACAAAGAAACACACAAGCAGGAGCUUUUAACAGUUUUUAAUCCGAGAAAAUAUGCAUUCCUGAUGCUUGAGUUCUGAAAAACGUAUUCUUUCUAUUUUUACCAAGGAAAAACAGAAGCCACCUCAGUUAUUCUUUUAUUACAGAUUUAAGUGGUUUACUGGCUGCAGAGGCACUGAGAUGAAAACACACACCUCAUAUUCAGAUGUGCCCUGGGAACAAUGAAAUGGAUAAAGCAGUGCUACAUAAGCCAUGCUAUAUUUGAAAGACAAGUGAUGUGUUUGAGAGAAAGAGACAGAGAGAAACAGACGAAUACUGCAAGCAAAACUAUGCCAUUUUUGACUGUAAUGCAAUUUUAAUAGUUAAUUGGACUCUUUGCAAAGAGUAGCAAUAAGUGACAAAUAUUGGAGGCUAUAAUUACGGGUGUUACGGUUUUCGCUUCAAGAACUUUAGCUUCUGCUUGUUAGUUUUAGCAGUAAGACACUGAAACUCGGUGAGUGACCUUGAGGGCCAGUCACUAUCUUUAAGGGUAACCAACGCCACAAUGCUGUUGUUGUCGUCAGAAUUAAAUGGGAGAUCUUGUGAGUGCCACCGUGAGUUAGAAGAUGGUACAAUCAUACAAGGGAUGCUGGUGGCGCUGUGGUCUAAACCACUGAGCCUUGGGCUUGCCGAUCAAAAGGUCAGCAGUUUGAAUCCCUACGAUGGGGUGAGCUCCCAUUGCUAGGUCCCAGCUUCUGCCAACCUAGCAGUUCGAAAGUACGCCAAAAAGUGCAAGUAGAUUAAUAGGUACCACUCUGACGGGAAGGUAAACGGCAUUUCUGUGUGCUGCUCUGGUGUUGGUGUUCUGUUGCACCAGAAGCGGCUUAGUCAUGCUGGCCACAUGACCCAGAAAAACUGUCUGUGGAGUGGACAAACGCCGGCUCCCUUGGCCUGUAAAGCGAGAUGAGCGCCACAACCCCAGAGUCAUUCGCGACUGGACUUAACUAUCAAGGGUCCCUUUACCUUUACCUUACAAUCAAACAAAUAAAUAAAUAUGACCAUUCCAUCAGUAGCAUGGUUAGAUGUCAGAGCCCAGCAAGCAAAUAAACAAUACAGAAUUACACUAUGGCAUUCACCUUAGCUCCAGUUUGGAAGGCUUUCAAAGGGGAUUCAACAAAUUGACGAAGAAUAAGGAACUACCAAGAACUGCUGGUCAGGGCGGCUAUGUAUUGACUCCAGCCUCAGAGUUUGUGUGCCACUAAAUUCCAGUUGCUAGAGAAAAGAAGCUGGAGAGAACUAUGGCUCUCCUCUCCUGCUUGAGGGCUUCCCAGUGGCUGGCCAACGUGGAAACAGAAUGCUGAACCAGAUAGGCUUGAUCCAGUAGGGCUCUUUGUUCGAGGGGUUUUUGUACAAGAUUGCCGUUUCCUUGUGGCAAAUAAGGCAUGCGUGGGCUCAGAGCAGGGUUAUUUCAUUUUAGAACAGUCCUGUGAGGCGGGUUGUGCUGGGAGAACCUAGCUGAAGAAUAUUCCUUAAUAGGAAUGCUGAAUGCAGUUUGUGGCCCUUUGGAUUGCAGUGCAGAGGGCAGAGGAAGGGGGGGCAGGCCGCCCUGGGUGUCACCACUGGGGGGGGUGACAAAAUACCAGGCGGCACUCACCGCAGGGCCUGCAGCACACCUGAGCCAUGCGUCUCUCCUGGGUGUGACGCGGUGGCUUGGGCGCCUGCAGGCUCCGUGCUGCUCCAAAUGGUCCACCCACCGCCUGCCCCUCAGAUGUAGGGCGGCUGAGUGGGAGAAGGCAGGCAGACUUCUCAGAGGCACCGCGGAACGUCCUGCCCCAGCUUGCCGUGCCCCAUGGGCUGAUGGCCCCACCCCUGGGUGCAGGGCACGCGCGCUGCCCCAGGCGCCUGAUUGGCUUGCUCCACCGCCGGCAGUGGGCUAUCAUGCCAUGGCUUCAUGUCUGCUCCGGCGCAUUCCCUUCGCUGUGGUGCAACUUGUGGUGUAUCCCUAAGCUGCCCAGGUAUUAAGAAUUGCCCCUUAGCUUCAGCAUCUAGCAGCAGCUCUGCACAGAAUCCUGCCGUGAGAGAUUUUGUGGAAAGAUGACGUGUUGGAUUUUGACACAGAAACAUUCUAAAAAGAAAUGAGGAUGAAGCGUAGUGCCAGAAACUGACAGCGCUAAAAAAAGAUACCAAGGUAUUUGUGUGCCUUCACAAAUGGGGGAAAGUUGUGUAGAUUUAUGUUAAGGGAUUAACAACGGAAUUAGCAUUUCUGCUAAUGACCAAUCCAGUCAGCGGCUUUGCUGCUUAGCCCAGUUUGUAGGCCUCAAACAAACAAACAAACAAACAAACAAAUAAAUAAAUACUUUUUCAAAGCAGGUGCUGGUAUGCAUUUACUCCCAAACACCUGCCAAAUAAAAUCCACAUGCAAGGUGCAAAUAGAACAGUUGUAAAAUACUGUUCGGUUUAAAGAAUUGUUGUUGGAACGGGGGAAGCUGCCCUGUUCAGAGACACCACUGACCCAUUUAGGUCAGUAUUGUUGUGGGGUGUUGGUGUGGGCAUUGAAUUUGGGAGCUUUUGCAUGCAGAGGAGAUGGUCAAGCACUGAGCCAAGGCCCUUCCCCGAUGCAGCCCAUGAUGAUCAAGGAUGUUAUUUGAGAAUGAAAUUCAUGCAGAGGGCAAGCACCUCUGUGACAGAUGAGGGAAAAAGGAGUCAGGACCAAUUUAAAUGAUCAAAACAAACAUUCUAACAUAUUUUUACCUGUGAGGAUUCUAGGGAUGAUGGAGAGCCCUUUGUGUUACAGUUUUAUAGCUGUGUUGAGAAAAUGAAUAUGUGGUUGAAAAUGUAGAAGAUGGGCAAAUAAAAUGAACAGGGGGCUGGAGCCACGAGUAGCCAGCAAGUACAUCAGCAUGAAGUGAGCAUAGCUAGUGGGAGGCACAGCCUUUGAGAGGCACAAUCCAUCAUUUGGUGUGUGAGUCACUGCAGUGGUGAUCACCGUCACAGUGGCGCCAUCAGCCAUGCAUUUGGUGUCACUGUGGAUGCAGCCUGCACACUUACAGAUGUGCAUGCUUUGGAAAAGAUGUGUAUGUGAGCAGGAGCAUCACCAGUCAGGGGGCCUCUACAUGUGGACAAGCGCCAUAUGUACCUAGAUGGGCAGAACUCUAUGCAUGCUUUUUAAAAAUAAUGGUUUCAUUUUGCAAAUUGCAGCCCAGAAAGAACAACAACAAAAAAGCAAUCUCAUGUUUCACUGUUACAGUGCACGAUUGGAAAGAAGUGAUAAGCAUUUAAAUCAGAUAAAGAAUAGGCAAAACAGCUAUCUGAUAAAGCCCCUCCGAAACCCAGUGUGGGUCUCUGGAGGUCAUGAACUCUCAAGAAGUUAUGAAAGUUAGGAACGGAAACCAAACCAUGUCAAACUGAUUAGAUGCAGUUUGGUCCCUUGCUUUCCACCCGUAUCACCCGCUGGAUCUUUCCAUGAGAGCAAGAGUCAAACACACUUAUACCAACUUGCAUUAAAAUAAACUCAGAGGACGUUUCCGGCCUCUGGCUGUUGUUGAUCCGGCUGCAACCAAGAGGAACAAUUAAUAAGAUAUUUAUGGCUGAGUUUGGGGCCGGUGAAAAUAGAGUGAAGAGCUAAAGGGGCUGCUUUUGGGAUGAUCUGGUUAGCUAUUUUAGAAACAUGACCAAAGAUUGAAUCCCAAAAGCUAGAGAUGUUGGGCAAAACCACUACAUCUGGGGGCAGGAGCCUCAGUCUGAGCAUCCAUCCCUUCCAAGCACUCAGGAUACAUAUGCAUGGUGUUCCCUUCCCACUGAUGCCACUGCAUGAAACAUUUAUUGAGCCUGUAAUUGUGGGAACAUCUAUAUGCUCCUGUAUCCUUUCUAGAUUGUGUCCUGGGUUGUGGCAUCCAAAGUCUUGACAGGGCUGGGCUCUAGUAGGUGACCUGCUAUGGUAAGCAGAUAUUGGGACGCCACUGGAAGUCUGCAACUAGUUGCUUAGUUUAGCAUUGUAUUUUCACCAGCAUCAUGGAGUUGCUAUUUGGAUUUUUCUCUCCCAGGCACCAGCAUAUUCGGGUUGCCUUGGACCUGCGCAUGAACUUCCUCCACUGUGUACAGCCACACAGGUGGUUAGUGUGUUCAUCUUUUUGACAGUGGAUGGGAGGAACUAAUCUCAGGCAUUCUCUCCAUCCCCACUCGUCUCCAUCAGGGGAUCAGCAUUGCCAGAAGUGGUGGGGCUGGCCAUUGGGACUGAUCUGUACAUAUGCAGAUCUUCCAUAGAAUAGAGGUUGUCGUGGUUGGUUUCUAAAAACAGAACAUUAAACAUACAACUCCAGAGGGGUCUCCUGAACUGAAUGGAAAUGUAGUACUUUCAAGUUAAGCUUAGCUCUUACGGACAAGCAGUUGCAAACUCAGUAACACCAGACAAUUCUCAUAAGUACAGAGUAUUUAAUUGGAAUGCAAGGCAACCUAGCACCAUGAAAUGCUGCAAGACCGGUAUUCUUAUAGGAGCAUGUGAUAUAGGGAUUAGGGCAGUUGGUGGGGGGGGACGCGACUAAUCUUAGUCCAAAAUAGAAAAGAAAAAAGCUGAUAUGUGUGAGAUGGCUGUUUUUGCUCUCUUUUUUGUGUUAGGUCUAGGUAACUCAUGUUUUUCACCUUUGGCUAUAACUUCAUGAAUUUAAUACUUUCCAUUUUCUGUGAAAUGCUUGUAUCAGGAGAUAGAACACAGGUGUGUCUCACAGUAAGUUGAUCCCAUCGUGUUAAAAAGUAGAGCAGUUCCACACCUGAGCUACACACGGAGUUCUGGGAUGUUGAGGUAGAAUCACAACAGGCAUCGCCAUCAAGGCAAAACCCUUAUCAAGGCCUAACAAACUUAUGCUGGCUCCUGCUCUGUAGCUUUUUCAGUGCCAACCGAAUGCUUUUUCUCUUUUGGCUGGCGUUAAUGUAAUAGGAUGUCCAGAUUGAAGGAUUGUAAUAUAUAUAUUUAAAGGAUUUUAGUAUUAAAUUGUAUUUGUUUUAUCUGUCUGUAUUAUUUGUCAUGGCCAGCCCUGAGAUCCUACCAGUUGCAGGGUAGAUUAUAACCCUUUUAAAUAAAUUAAUUGAAUAAAAACAUUUCUUUUUAAAAAUCCUUCAGGAAGUACAAAUAAAUAUCCGUUAUUGAGCAAUCUUUUUCUUUGAAUUGGAGUGUUCUACUGGCAGCAGAAACACCUACUUGACUAGGCAGAAGACUCUGAAAAACAUCCCCCAUCCUUGGUCAGUUUUUAUCCUUUUGCUGAAACUGUUAGACGUCAAAUGGUGCUAUUGUUUUUAUACCAUCAACAGCACCUGGCUUUUCAAAUCCAUCAUUAUGAGACUAGUAUCCUGCUGCUUAUACACCUGCCUUUUUUAAAAAAAAGUGACUUGCUUUAAGAACAAUUAUGGCUUGAAAUAUUGGAUGAAUACUUAGACAUCUUUAUCAAACAGCUUAAAAAACAGCAUCUGUUCUUCGCUUACUUUUUCCACAUCUGUUGAAAGGUGGUGCGACUUUAGAGUGAUAUAUUGAUACUGUUGCUGCCUGACCAUUUACAGGAAGGCCUCUGGCAAACAGGAAUGUCAUAACAAUGAUAUUGCGCCGUGGGUUCACCUUGACAACAUACAAUGGGCCUGAGGCAGACAAUAGCAUGUUCUUUGUGAAGUUUGCACAGCUUCCCACGAUGGUUCCACUUGGUCAGUCUUUGUAGCUGGUGAUAAAUUAAUAACUGAAAAUUUUACUCAACAGCCUGUUAUUCUUCCUACUAGAUGCCUCUCAUUUAAAAGUAAAGACAGCCCACCUUUUUGUUUGGUUUAAAGGAUGUGUCACUAUAUAUAAUUUGCAAACACAUGGUAAGACAGGUGACUAGUCGAAAGUAAACCUUGCCUGUAUCAUGAAAAAUCCACCAGAAAUAGUUUCAUGCACUCAUCAAAGUCCUCCUUCCUCCUUAUUUUCAGACAUCGUGAUAUAUCACUAUAUCGUGAUGUUUAGCUGGUGAUACAUCACAACGUUGAAAACCAGAUAUUGCCCAGACCUACAUAGUAGUCACCACUGCAGACACACACACACACACACACACACGUGCUUAAUUUGGAUGAGAAAGUGGACUUCUGGCCAAGAUGGUGCAUGAAAAGAGGCUGUUUGCUGUUAUUGGAUGAGAAAAUCCAUCCUUUUCUUGGUACACCAUUUGGAUUAUCCAGACACAAAAUGUUAAUGGUUAUAGUGAGGAGAACACACUGCCCUGCUUGAAGGAAGGGAAUUUCAGGUUGCUGUGUUUGUAAGUUGUUGUUAAAUGUCAAAUGAGAAAUGUGUGAUCGUAGUACUGCUGUGCUUUCUGAAAUACCAUCCUUUGGGGACUCUAGACUUCUCCCCCCUUCGGCUUGUUGUUUGGUAAGAAGAGUAUAUUAUUCUGUUCAACUAUUCACAUGUCUAGCAUUUUUCUACAUUAAGGGGAAAUGAGGCUGUCCUCAUGUAGCUUUUCUGAAUUAUCCCUUUUAACAAAUCACACUUUGUCAACAGGUUUAGCUUUUCAGCAGAAUGCCUUCUAAUCAAAGAAAGGUUCUCUGGAUUUUAGAAGGAGAUUUCCUUUGUGAAAACUAAGAGGAUUGUAAAACUCCCAAGGUUUGGCUAGGGACCAAAUCAAUUGACUCAACAAGACUCAACAUGUUUUCUUCUUCCAAGUGUCUUCCUAAGUGCAUUUAUUUGACAAUGGGCUUGUUUAUAUCGCCAGUGGUAACAGAACAAAUGGACUACAAUGGAUAGGGCUGCAUAGAUCUAUGCGGGAAGCUGACAAUCAUAGCUUCCCGGGUUCUUUGGAUUGACCCUCACAGGUCGAGAGCUACUAUUUGCUACGAAUGCCAGAGAAACUAGCUUUUUGUCUUGCUGUGGCAAAUACACCAGUUAUUGCCACAUGAGGCUGCAUUAGGCCAUACAUUUGAAGAACUAUAAUGCCACUUUAAACUGUCACAGCUUCCCCCAAAGAAUUUUGGGAGAUGCAGUUUUUAGGAUGCAAAGAGCUCUUAGGAAACCCCUCGUCCCCUCAAAGAGGUACAAUAUCCAGAGUGGUUUAGAGCCAGUUAAUCUCUCUUCACAGGUAACUAUAGUUUUGUGAAGGAGUCUCCCAACACCUCUCAGUCAGCACCUUGUAACAAACUGCAACUCCCAGAAUUCUUUGGGGGAAGCUGUGACAGUUUAAAGUGGUAUCAUAAUGCUUUAAGUAUUUGGUGACCUCCAGUGCAAAUGAAAAAAUAUAUAUAAUAAGGUAAAACCAUAUCGUGAUUUUACCACCUCAGAAAAUAAUGUGAGAAUUAGGCCACAUUUGUUUCUUUGGAGGAGGAAUGGCCUGCAUCACCACAACAGCUUUUAGUUUCCUAGCAUGUGAGAGCCAAUGUGGUAUGGUCCGUGUCAGACUUAGAAGUGGGAAGAGCUGAGUUCAAAAAUAUCCCUUCAGUCAUGAAGCACACAGGGUUUGUCUCUCUCAGGCAUGCUCCCUAGCCUACCUCACAGAACUGUUGUUAGCAUCAAAGUUUGUGGAAAGGGAAGGAAAUAACUAUAUUGUUUUGUAUGCAGCUCCAUGGAAGACGGUUCAGAUGUAAAUGCGGUGCUUUUUUUCUGGGGGGUACGCAGGGGUACGCAUACCCCUAAACAUUUUGUGAAUCUAAUGGGAGAAGAAACUAAUUUUUUUAAAAAAAAUUAGUUUCUUCUCUAGCGUGGUGAAUCGUCAGUUCCAUUGAACAGCAUAGUGAAUUGUCAGUUCCAUUGCUACCUCCAAUGGCGGCCUCAUUUCCUGCCACGGUGUUUCCUGAGUCUCAGAUGGAAGUGAGCGUUUAAUGUGUGAAGUAGGAAUUGGAAUCUAGCAUGGUGAUUGGUCAGUUUCAUUGUUGCCACCUCCAAUGAUGGCUUCAUUUCCUUUCCCGGUGAUUUUCUUGAGUCAAACUGAGAGUACCCCUCAACAUUUUUUUUAAGAAAAAACCCCACUGUUUGUAAAGAGAUUAAUUUCUGUGGAGGUAGUAAAGGGUAGCAUUAGUUGCUGUGUCUUAUGGCUGGUUCCUUUCCAGCAAGGUUUUCCCCCAUAUUGCCACGUAGUUAGGCCUGCUUCGUCUGUUAUAUUCCCUACAUCAGGAGUAGGUAACCAAUCUUUAUCAAAAGAGUCGAGUGAUGUGCUCUGUUAAAUGUGUCCUUCUGUCUUUCCUUUUUCUUUUCUUUUUUUGUAAAUAGUAGCCACUGGGGAGGCAGAAGGGAGAUCAGGUUCAGUACUGUGGCACAGGGUGGGGGAUCAAUAUCCCCCCCCCAGCUGCUAUUUGUCACAGUGCUUGUUUCUUUAACAUUAGCUAUCCUGCCAUUCCCAUAUUUAUAUAUUAUCCUUAUAUCCUGUCUCAGUGAGGCAUACAUUUUUCUCCCGUUCCCAUUUUAUCCUUGCAACAAUCCUGUGAGGUGUGUUGCAUUGAGAGAUAACAACCGGCCCAAGGUCACCCAGUGAACUUUUUGGCUAACUGGCGAUUGAUUGACCUGACUUUCACCAACUGCUUUGGAUCUGACCCUGCCUUGUCCUCUUCCCCCAAAUCCUGCUUAGGUUCCUGCCCCCAAUUUCUCAACAUAUUUAUGGGUUCAGAAUGUAUUCUGAAUCUCUUGCAUCAACUUAUCCCUAGGCUUGCUCCUAGAGAUGACCCAUUCCCCACAUUGUUGCAGCUUGUCUUCAAGGGGGAAAUAUAUGUGCUGUUUCAGGUCUUUAUAGGUCCUUGUAAAACCUUUAUUGUUUUGCUAUCAUUGUGCAUUAAAAGUUCCAUGAAAAUGCAGGCCAAGCAUUACCUCUGGAUAACAGCAAUGAAGGCCAGUGCAGAAAAAUAGCAUUAAAAUUAUAUUUUUAUUGCUUAGGUUUCUGUUCCAAUGAAAGGUAAAAACAAUACUACUUUCUGCUUUUGAUUAACCAACCUUCUCAAAUAGAAAUCCGGGAGAUUGAUUUUCUCCCAGAGUUGCUUUGUUUGCUGUUCAGUUGCCUUCCUUAGUAAAAUAUGUACUUGGAAUAUGGAGCCAGCACUUUAAAAUCCUCUCCUCCUGUCCCUGUCUCUCUUCUGAUUUCAUAUAUGAAAUAUGAAGUUGUGUUUUCCACCCCUUCAGAGUUCUGCAAACACUGCUCUUUUUUCCUCCAUUAAAAAAUCAACUUUAUGUUUUUGCUACUCUUCUCUUUUAAAAAAAAAAAAUAGGGCAUAAAUUAUUGGCAAGGACAAAGCUUUGUCAUGGCAGACUUUCUCAGCCAGCAAAGCAGGUCUGCAUGCAUUUUAUCACCACCACUAGUUUAUUAAUCACCUUCUAAACCACCGUUUCCAGGCAAUUUACACAUAAGAUAAUUAAAAACAGUUAAAAGCACAAAUGCAACAAAGACACUUAAAACAAGUAGACACCCACAAUAAAGGUCCAUUUAUCCAGCUGUCAACGUUUCCCUUUUUUAAAGGGAAAUUCCCUUAUUCCGAAUAGGAUUCCUCGCAAGAAAAGGGAAAAGUUGACAGCUAUGCUGGGGAAGCUUGUCGGAACUCACGUCUGGAAAGUUCAAAUAGUGGACACCUGUCGUAUUUUGCAAUAAAUGAAACUAAGACAAAUUAAAGCUCCUAUGAACUUUUCUAAACACCUUACAUCUUGCCCCAAAAGGCUUUCUGUAUGUAGUAAAUGAGUGACUCCAGUGACAGCUGCUCCAAUUUCCUCUUUAAAGUACUAAUUUACUAAAUGCAGGGGGUUUUCUCUUUCACCUGGAGCAUUCAAAAUUAGGGUGCACACACACACACAACCCUGAACUUGACAUCUGAAGUAGCCCAGCCACUUCCAUAUUGUACUUCGUCCCCAGCCCCACAAGCUGUUGUUGGACUCCCAUCAGCCCCAGUCAUAGAAUCAUAUAGAAUUGUAGAGUUGGAAGCAUGGCCUGUUGCCAGGGAUGAUGGGAGCUGUAGUCCAGCAACAUCUGGUUAACCAGAAUAGUAGUACUGACUCGUGUAAAGCCAAUUCCUGUGUUCCUGUACAUAUGUGUCCCACCUUACGUACGGUAAUAGCUGCCACACAGCUCCGUUCAGAGCAGCAGUAGUUGCCAUACUGAAUCUGAAGCGGCCUUGACGUACUGGUUGUGAUAUAUAAACGAGACAGAUUUAUUAUUUGAGUAGCUGUGAAAACACCUUGUGUGUUGAGCCAGGCAGCAAAAUGUUUCCAAGGCUGUUCUCUUGGCUGGCAUUCUUUGAAAUUCUGUUCAUAUGUUCUUAUGCCACUUCUGUGCAUUGCAGCGUAUAUCGUAAACGACUCUCAGCUAAAACAUGUCACCAGUAUUUUUAAUAAUCCACCCUCCCCACCCCUCCACAAUCAUCAAAUGAACAGAAAGGAUGGAGCAAAAUGCACUACCGUUGACAUAAUACCCAGAUAAAUGGGCAAUAAACAGAAGUUGGAGAAGUUGGAUGGUGCCCUGUUAUUUAAACUAGGGGUGGCAAACUGGAAGCCCAAUGGCUGCAACUAGCUCCCAUCCUGACUUACCUGGCUCCUUCCCCAAUUUCCCUGUACCAAGUUGGGUGUGCAAGGCAGUGCUCAUUAACCUCACAGAUGCCCCUGCUGAUAGGCAUAUGCUUCUAGGACCACAUUCACACCAUGUGCUUAAAGCACUAUGGUACCACUUGAAACAAUCAUGGCUUCCCCCAAUGAAUCCUGGAAAUGGUAGUGUUAUGUACUAAGCUUGGAUCCUAGAACAAUAGGCUUGUAGGAUCCUAGAACGCAACAGCUGAUUGGCUUGCAGGAAAAGACCAAUCAGUCUCCAGGAGGAAGUUAAUCAGCCUAUUAGGCUGGUAGGAUCGUAGAAUGCAACAACUGAUUGGCCUGCAGGAAAAGACCAAUCAGGCUCCAGGAGGGAAGCAGAAUCAGCCAAGACUCAUUGUGUAAAUAAUGUAUAUAAAAGCAUGAGGUUUGGGGGGCAAUUCAAUCACUUUUUUACAAGCUGCAAUAAAGAGCAUGAAAUCACUACAGGACUCCGAGUAUAUUUCAGGUAGCUUGCUAAGGGUGUUGAGAGCCAACAAGAGACCCCUAUUCCCCUCCCACAGCUACAAUUUUCAGAGCGGUUUAACAGUCCACCCCUCUUCCCAGAGAACUAUAUACCAGAUACUGUGAAUUACAAGUGAGGAAAGCGGUGUACUGUGCAGAAUUCCUGUAGGCAUCUGGUUGGCCAAUGUGAGAACAGAAUGCUGGACUAGAUGGUCCUCUGUCUCUAAUCUAAGAUUUCCCCCACUGAGAGCCAGUGUGGUGUAGUGGUUAAGAGCGGUAGUCUCGUAAUCUGGGGAACCGGGUUCGCGUCUCCGCUCCUCCACAUGCAGCUGCUGGGUGACCUUGGGCCAGUCAUACUUCUUUGAAGUCAGUCUCUCAGCCCCAUUCACCUCACAGAGUGUUUGUUGUGGGGGAGGAAGGGAAAGGAAAAUGUUAGCCGCUUUGAGACUCCUCAAAGGGAGUGAAAGGCGGGAUAUCAAAUCCAAACUCUUCUUCUUCUUCUUCUUUUUGAGCACAACACUUAUUUCUUCAUUCUGAUUUCCUUGCAGUAUUUCUCUCAUGGUUUUCGAACAUUACUCACAAUCUAUAAAUUGUAGCCUUCUUGCUUUUCAUUUCUAUUUUAAUACUAUGAUUGACACAGCCCUUGGAAUAGACUGGAUUUUAAUUCCUUGCCAGCCAUAACUAUGUGCAGUUCUUAUUGCAUAACAAGUUUUUUUAAUGCUGCUUUUUUUGCUGUUUUUUAAAAUAAUGAAACCAUUAAUUAUUUUUUAUUUUACUUAAAAAAAAAAGACGCUUCCUAUUGCAAUUGCUUUUAAACCAGGGAUGGAGCAAAUAAAACCUAUUGCUAGUAAAAUACAGGAAUUAGUGUUUAAUUCAGUGAGGGGGAACUUGCAGCCCUCCCAAUGUUGGACUCCAAGUUCCAUCAGCCCCAGUGAGCAUGAAGAAUGGUCAGGGUGAUGGGCAUUGUAGUCCAACAACAUCUGGAGGGUCAAACAUGUUUUCCACACCUGUUUUAAACUGUUUUAUUUCUGGCUUUUUAUUCUUAUUCUUAUUUAGAGUCGUACUUUGGAAAUCAAACGGAAUCCAUUCUGGAAGUCCAUUCGACUUCCAGAACGUUCGACUUCCAAGGCAGGGCUUCCGAUUGGCUGCAGGAGUUUCCUGCAGCCAAUCAGAAGCCACAGAAGCCCCUCCGGACGUUCAGCUUCCAAAAGAACGUUCGCAAACCGGAACACUUACUUCUGGGUUUGCAGCGUUCGGAAGCCAAAACGUUCGACUGCUGAGGCGUUUGUCAACCAAGGUAUGACUGUAUUCCUUUUAUAUAUUGCUGUUUGUAGUGUGUGUGUGUGUGUGUGUGUGUGUGUGUGUGUUUACUAUUUUUGUAAACUGCCUUGAGGUAUUUGAAGAAAAAGUGGGGUAUUAAUAAUUUAAAUAAGUACUUUUAAGCAUCCCAUUAAACAAAUCUGUUUGAUCUGAUAUCAGCCUGAUAAAGUGCUGAGAUAUUGGAGGCUGGAUACUGGAAGCUCCUAUAGAGAGGGAAGCUAUGAGCAAUGGGAUAAAGCUGACUACAGUAUUAACAGCCUUCAUUACUAGCCGCCCCAACGCUCAGCAUUUCUCUUUCACGCGUUUCCCCUAUUGUUUUGUAAACAGAGCUUCUGCAUUGCCCUGAUUCAGCUAGCUGGAUAUCAUUGAGUGCUAGAUAUCAUUGCCUCUUUAUGUGCCGCCAUAGGAAAAGUUCCAUUGAAACUCUGGGGAAUCAUUCUACUUGUGUUCUGAACAACAUCCGCACAAGUAUGUGUGUAUAGCCACAACACAUGGGAAGCUUCCUUGGGAGAGCUGAUCUUAUAUUGGUAAAGGAGGCUGGCGAAAUUGGCAUAUGUUGAGGGUGUCAAGUAUGAAGCAGGGAAACAAAUGAAUCCGUGCCUUAAAUAACAACGUUUCAGUGCCUCCCUGUCUUCCAGGGUUCAGAUACCGUAUGUCAGCUGAAGAACGAACCCACCUGUUCGUUAUUUAUAGAUGAUGCAGCAGAAUCGUUGGUGCUGUUUGGGAGGGAAAUGGAGGGCUGAAGAUGAGGAAUGAGCGCAAUCUCAGAUUAGAGCUUUCACACUUUCAAGGCCUUCCUCUUCACUUAGGAGGGACCGAUGCCCUCCACGCUCAGAGUGGAAUGCAGCUCCAGAGCUGGUCUUCAGAUGAAGGAAGCGGGGAACCCUGGUUGUACAGGAACGUGCAUGGAUGAAGGCGAUAUAUAAAAUUGUUAACAAGUUUAGUGGCAGUAGAAUGGGUUGAGUGCUAUUGAACAAGUAGUUGUUACUGGAUGAUUUGUGUGGAUGAAUUGCAAGGCAGAAUUCGGGUGUGAUGUGCAUGUGUUGUUGUGCAUGUUUGUUCUUUAAACUGCUUGAAGACCAUCUUAUUAAGCUGUAUGCGACUGCGUUAAAUGAUAAAUAAACAAAUAUUCAUUGCAAAUGUAUUUGCAUUGUUUCGAUGCCAUUUUAUUCCAUUGGCACCGUCUUCUCAGUGUAUUCUUUUCCUUCCUCUUCUUUACUCUUACCGCGCUUUAAUCUGUGUCACAUGCAUUCCCACCCACAAUGAUGCUGCAACAUUAUAGCUGCUAAUGACAAUACCAUGGGUGUCUUUGGAGAAUAAACUAUUUGGUCCUUUAAAAACAAGUUACUGGCAAUACAAUGUCAAUACAAUUUAUUAAGAGGUGGAAGGGGAGAACUUGACACAUGUGCUGUUUUCAGCAGCAUAACCUGAAGCUAAAAUAAUCUCAUGGAGUUCAAUCCAGUGCCAAUCCUACUCAGAGAAGGUCUAUUAUCAUUAAAAGGCAUGGUGAACUUGGGUCCAUUUUCAGCUUUCAGUUUCUGCUGAGAUGCCUGCAUUGCAGGGAGUUGAACUGGGGUUGAAAACAUUUGGGGUGCCUUCCAACUUUACAAUUCUAUGAUUCUGAUUAAUUUCAGUGAGUUUACUCGAAGUAGGACUUAAUGGCAUGCAACCCAUAGAGAACUGUCCAUGGUACUGAGGUUUUCUUGUAAAUCAAGAAUAGAUUUUCAGAACAUUUGGAUCACAUUAAAAAACCUUGCUGGUUCUGAUAAUCAGGACUCCAGAAUUUGUGGAAACCAGCAGAGUUUUGAUAUAUGGAAUACGAUGCUCGCUGCAGUUAACUGAACGAAUUUGUUGGCUGUGUGUUACAGUAAUCAUAUUGGGUUUUUUAUUAUUUUUUAAUUUUGCUAGACAUCUCAAUUUAUAAAGGCUGAAGUUCACAUAUUGAUUUGAAAGAACUGACUUGAUUUCCCCCCCAGCUGGUUUAAUUUAACGUCAGUUCAUUUGGUACAGGUUUCCUCCCGUGACCUUCUAAACGAAGUCUUCAUUUAUUUCCUUUUUUGUUUCUGAAAACUUACAGCACAGCCAAGUACAGCGUGGUGACAUUUCUACCUCGAUUCUUGUAUGAGCAGAUCAGAAAAGCGGCUAAUGCUUUCUUCCUCUUCAUUGCCUUACUGCAGGUAGGCCUCUGUUGCGAAAUUAAACUGACUACAUUUGUCACUCCGUUUAAUAUAAUUACAAGUGAAUGUUCUGGGCAUAUCUUUCCUAUAGCAAUGAUGAAACCCCCGAACUGUGGACCUCACCAUUACAUGGCACAGUGAUCAUGCUCCAUAGAAUCAAUGGGAGUGAUUGACAGCAAAUUCUUUCAGACUGUUGUUCUGUGCUAAGGGCUUCCAACAUCAUGCCUUUCCUGAUGUUGCUGGACUACAACUCCCAUCACCCUCGGCCAUACUGGCCGGGUCUGAUGGGAGUUGCAGUUCAACAACAUAUGGAGGCUAACAUGUUGUCUACCCCCAUAGGUAAGUGUAUCAGAGCAGAGCUGGGACCAAGGGUAGCAUUAACUAAGCCUAGACCUGGAGGAUGUGUUUUCCAGCUUAGGGUCUCUGAGGCUCAGGCUAGAGUAAAACAGGCCUAUUGACCACACAAAGGGAGAAAGCCAACCUGUAUUUGAAAUGAUCCUGGGGUGCUUCAGUCAGGAGCCUUUGUAUUGUUUGCCAAUUGAAAGGGGUCAGUGUUACACACCCCUUGUGUCCCUUAGCAGAGCUCUGAGACCUGAGCCCAUGCAGUCCAAUGCAGCUUGCUAGGUUAGGCCCUAGUUUCAGAGGCUAGUGACGCAUUGCACCACAUUUAUGUUGUAGAGCCCUAACACUGGUUCUUAGAAACAAAACGUUCAAGACAAGGGAAUUUAUACUGGAGAAGCACCAAGGGGGAGGAGAUGCUUCACCCUUGCAUUGCCCAGUCGUUCUCUACUCUAAAUCACCCCACCAAACAAUAUUUCCUUCUGUAUUUGGAAUCCCAUUGAAGAAAAGCGGUAGAGAAAGGGUCACAAUUUGGAGUAGAGAAGCAGCAGGUAAAGAAUAGAUUUAAGUUACCCUCACUGCUCACCUUUCAACUACAAGUUCUUUCCUCCAGAAGUUGCUUUUCAUUUAGCAAAUGGCAUCAGGAAUUUUGGCUUUUUUCUCUCAGUACUUUCCCAGUAGGAGAAAACAUUGGUCAUAGCCGUGUUCUAGUAACAUUAAAAUAAUAAUUAUUAUUAUUAUUUUCCCUUUUCAGCAAAUUCCAGAUGUCUCACCAACUGGAAGAUAUACCACCUUGGUGCCACUGCUAUUUAUUCUCACAGUUGCUGGCAUCAAGGAGAUUAUUGAAGACUAUGUGAGUAUACGUUGGGCAUUUGGAUGAAAUAGGCCAACCAUCUAUUGUUGGAGGGAAAGCGCCGUAGCUCAGUGGCAGAGCAUCUGCUUUGCAUGCAGAAGGUCCUGGGUUCAAUUCCUGGCAUUUCCAGGCAGGGAGAGACUCAUGUUUGAAAUACUGGAGAGCCACUGCCAGUCAGUGCAGGCAGCACUGAGCUAGGUGGGCCAAUGGGCUGACGUAGUAUAAGGCACUUCUCUGUCUUUUCUAACCAAUGUUCCUCCGAUCCUUUGAAACUUAGAUGUGGUCAUGCAAGAGACAUUUGUGUGUAUGGGGCAGGACACCUUGCAUUCAAAGGACACCAAUUGUGCAUCGGGAUGUAUUAGUUAUUUAUGUAGUUUCCUGAUAUUUAAUUCCACUCUCCUAUUGCACCCAGGAUCAUUACAAAACCGUACAAGAAGAACAAAUGUGCUAAGAGCAGAGGGUGAGCAGGAAAUCAGGCCUUUGACUCUCUCUCUCAACUCAUCUAUCUAGAAGUGGCCAUUCCAUCAGACUGUAAGAGGAUAUUGGAUUAGAUGAGCACCUGGCCUCUGAUUCAUCAGGGUUCUUCUGUUGUUACAAAGCUUAAUUUUAUAUUCUCAGAUAAGCCCCACUGAGUUCAGUGGGGCUUACUGAUAGGUGAGUCUAUGAGGGUCUGUAGUCUUAAUGGGCAGCACUGCUCUGUCAUAUGACCUGCCUAAUUACCAAAGUUCUCACAGCACAUCUGAAAUACAACAACAUAAAAAUGGGUGGGAUUCAACAUAGCUCAGAAGGACUUGUGCAUGUGGGGAAAGAGGUCCACUCACGCAACAAGACUUUUCCACCCUCUUGUCCCCUCUGCUUACCCCCUAAGCCUGAUCUGGGGUUUUCCCCAACCCUCCAGAGCAAAUGCAAGGGGUGCACAGGGGGAAAGUCCUGUUUUUUUGGACCUUAUACCAUGCACGAAACAACCUUGCCCUGUGAGUUGCUAUGGAGACACAAAAGUGUGCACACAUUUCCCACCAGCUUUCAGAUGUUCCAGUUGCCGCUCUGCUUCUGAGUCUUUUGGCCACAGCAGGUCCACCGGGGUACGACCUUGCCCCAGAAAUCGGUGCUAGAGCUGCCAGUUCUUAGUCCCUCCCAGAGCAAUGUUUCAUCACUUGCACUUACUGCUGUGGCCAGUGACCAAGCCUGGUGCCUGGUGCCCAGAUAAUGGUUUGCACGGAAGUGACGGAGGGCUGAAAAAUAACUCUCACUUUGUAUGUAGAAAGUUCCAGGUUCAAUCCUGGUGCCUCCAGUUAAAAAUAGAUCAGGUUGCAAUUGAUGAGAAGGGCCUUUGCCUGAGACCCUGGAGAGCUUUUGUCAGCCUGAACAGACAAGGCUUUGCUAGGUGGACAGCCUUACCCAACCUUCCUCAGAAGCUUUGGACUACAACUUCCAUCAUCUGAUUCCAUUGAGUAUGUUGGCUGGGGCUGAUGGGUGUUGUAGUUUCUUCUUUAGUGAUCACUUGUAGUUGAGUAAGAUUGUCUUCCAUAAAUAUGGUUUUAACAGUGAGUCCGUAAGUGACUGUGGAGGCCAAUUCUGGAUCUACACGUCCUUCCACAGUGGGGACAUAGGUUUCUGGGUGGGAAUAGAUCACAGUGAGGUGCAUGUUUUUCUUAGCAUGUUUCUCCCUUGCGUCCUGAGUUUGAACGUCUUCAAAGUCCACGACACCUUUGGUAAAGGCUGUUCUCCAACUGGAGCGCUCGCAGGCCAGUGUUUCCCAGUUGUCAGUGAUUAUACUACAUUUUUUUUAGAUUUGCCUUGAGAUAGUCCUUAAACCUCUUUUGUUGACCACCAGAGUUAUGCUGGUUGUAGUUUAAAGCAUCUAGAGGCUCUGGGUUAGAGAAGCCUUGUCUGACCUUUGAUAAGGCAGCCUCCUUUGUUCCUGACGUGAUGCAGUCGUAGUGCUAAAAUUUAGUAGACCUGGCCCUGUAAGUUGCCUGGAGAGAGGUGACCUCCUGGGAACCACAAUUCAGCUAAUUUCUUUGGAGGAAAAAAAAUGGAUAGAGAAGUGCAGCGAACAAAACUAAUUACUUCAUCACAGACAUCCAUCAAAGAGAAUUAAAACUGUAGCUGUAACAGAGCCUUCCUCAACAAGAGGUUUUCGAGCAACUGUGCAGGCAGAAACUCCCCAUGUGUGUCUCUUUGGAUCCUAGCCAAAUUCAUUUGGCAUUUCUUUGCAGACAAAACAUUUCAGCUUUACCUUGAGACAGACCUUUAAAGCCCCGCUUCUAUUGAACACUGAUGAAGUUAUGCCACCGAAAUAAUCCGUCCUUUCAGAAGUUUCUGCCCAGGGCUCCACGGUGUCUGCACAGCCUUGGAAUUACUGGCACAAAGUUGCAUUUUUAUUUUAUUUUAUCUAAAAUGUAUAGGUGAAGCAAUAUACCAUGUGUUGGACAUGGCUCAAAGCCGCUCCCUUGGUUGGUAGAAGGUAGAAGAGCUAAAUUUGGAAAUGUUUGCCUGCUAGACGCAGGCCAGGAAUGGUCCAUAAUGCUGGAGACAUGGGAGAGUGGAUUUGGAUUGUGGUUUGUUGUGGUUAUUGGGUGGCCUUCAGCAGUCUGCCUUAUCUUCGCCUCGGUUCCCAUCUGUAAAAUAGUAACAUUAUUGACCUAAAUCAUAGGGCUCUUGUGUGGCUAAAUGGAAUAAGGAUUGAAAAAUACUAUGCACUCUAAGAGGGCUAUUGAGAGUGUUGGGUGAAAAUUACUGUAAUUUGUUAGUUUCCAGCGCUGUCAUGCUUUACAGUUCUUGGUUUGCACUAUAGCCUGUGGGGGAUGUUGAAGUGAAGGCUGUUUACAUUUGCAGGAACAUAGGAAGCUGCCAUACUGUGUUAGACCAUUUGUCCAUAUAGUUCAGUAUCUUCUACACAGACUGGCAGUGGCUCUUCAGGAUUUCACACAGGGUUCUCUGGUGGUGCCAAGAUUUGAACCUUGAACCUUCUGCAUGCAAAGCAUUGGAUGCCCUGCCUCUGAGCUAUGGCCCCAUCUAGCUACAGUGGUAUCUCGCGUUAAGUACUUAAUUCGUUCUGAAGGUCCGUUCUUAAGCUGAAACUGUUCUUAACCUGAAGCACCACUUUAGCUAAUGGGGCCUCCUGCUGCUGCCGUGCGAUUUCUGUUCUCAUCCUGAAGCAAAGUUCUUAACCCGAGGUACUAUUUCUGGGUUAGCGGCAUAUGUAACCUGAAGCGUCUGUAACCCGAGGUACCACUGUACUUGAAACCAAAGGUGCGAACUCUUCCUAGUUGCCUCCACAAACUAGUGACUCCCUCCCCAAUCCUCAUUCCAUUCUCUAUAUUGUGGGGAUAAUGAUACUAACUUGUCUUGCAAGGUGUUGUAAGACUUAUCAGGAUAAUAUGAAGCAGGUGGAGCUCUUAGCAAAAGCACCUUGCAAGUACAAAGAUUCAUUGUGUGCGCAUUGGCUGAUCAGCCCAUUAGAGAGUUGAAAGGCCUUGAUACAUUUUGGAACUUGAUGCAAACGGUACAGUUCUGUGUUUUGCACACUAAGGGAAAUGUCAAGCGUAAUAGAAGUGGUCUUGUCUCUCGGUUCCUCUGCUUUGCUUUAGCCUUUUGGGUGCACAGAUCACUUUUCUCAGUGUUUCUCCAACUAAAUGUUUGUACUUUACUUCCCAAUAGAAAAGACACAAGGCUGACAGUACGGUGAACAAAAAGAAAACAGUGGGUAAGGUCUUCUUUUAAUUUCCUUUUAAAUAAAGUACACACGGGGGGGAAGUCACAACCUGAUUGUCUUAUUUGUUAUUUCAUUUAUUUCACAAAGUUUAUAUGCUGCUUGAUUGUAAAAAUACAAGCCCUCAAAGCGAUUCACGAAAAGGAUAAAAUGAAAUUAUCAGUCAAAGACAGUUAAAACAAGCGAUUGAAAACAGUAAAAAACAACAAUCGGCAAUGGGGGGAAAAUCAAACACAUGUCAGCAUUUUGCAUGUCUGGAUAAACUUGUCUAUUUUUAGCAGGCACUAAAAAGGGUAUAGUGAAGAUGCCCAUCUGAUUGCAAUAGGCAGGGAGCUCCAAGGUGUAGGUGCUGCCAUAAUAAAAGAUGGAUUUCAUACAAAUGCGGAACUAAUAUAUAUGAUUAUGGUUUAUUUUGCUCUCAAUAAACCAUGAUCUGUAGCAAAGGUUUGUUUUGGGCUCACUGAUCAUGAUUUACUUGAACUUUUGGAGGCAGCACUAAGCUAAGGAUCAUGCUUCCUUCCUUCCAUAUGUUAGCAGGGAAUGGAAAAGUUGUCCAGAUAAAAGCAUUUAUAGGAAGCCAGCAGCUAUGGUUUACUGUGAUGUGCAAAGUGGGUCAAGGAUUACUUUUGGUUUCAAUAAUUUGUGAUUUAUGACUAAAUUCUAAUACAACCUGCAAGAGAAAGAAUUGGGAGAAAGUAUAUAAUUGUUUAGAUGCCACGUGUUGGUAAUUAGUCAUGAUUGGAAGUUUUACCUUUUGCCUAAUUAUUAUAAGUAGUACCUGAUUACACUGCGCCAAGGGGGCACGAAACGACGCUGCAUUAUCGUCGUUACCAAUUCUGCAAGAACGUGCCUUAUCCCGCUUUAAUUACUAUCUUCAUUAUUUCUCUUUGUGUUCCUGUUCCUUUGUCUUAUUUGCUGUAUUGUCGUGGGCAAUGGCAGAUUCAAAUCUAAAUAAAUGAAAAUGAGAAAUGCUUUAUUUCGACUGAGUGAUUAAUGCCGUGUUCUGCAUCAUUUCACACAGCCCCAUUGUCUCUAAUUACACAAAGGUACAAACAGGCAUCAAUUGGGUUGGAGCAAUCAGUGACAGUGCAGUCACCGCACUUGUCUCAAGCUCCACCAUGGUGUAUAAUUGCAUAGAAUAGUAUAUUGUAUAUGAUGAGCUGCCUGAGUAUAUUUAGAUCCGUUCCCUUAAGUGAUUUUAGCAGUGGCAAUCCAUAUCUGAGAGAGAAAUAAUUACACUGGUUUAUACAAUUACUUGCAAGCUCCCGUUUUUAAAUUAAAAUGCGCAGUAUUGACUUUUGGCUGAGGUUUUGGCAGAACAUCAGGUUUUCUUUCUUUAAUUUAAAGCAUACUUUAUGGGUCAAAUUUCAGUGCCCAUUCCCCCCCCUCCCCAUUUUAAUGUUGUAGAUUUAUGUGAAAUAAUGACAGGUUAUCUUGAGCUGGUUAUGAGAACAAGCCUCCUCCCGUUCUGGACCUGUGAUUUCCUCCUCUUCCUCCUCUGGUGCAGCUUGGAUCUGGCAUUCAGAAACUUUCCCCUGUACUCUUUUAUCAACUAUAGCUUUCUGGGUUCGGUAUACACAUAACACUAAACCAUGGCUCAGUGUUAUGUGUGAACCUACCCUGGCCACCUAAGUAUGGUUUGUGAACUAUUGUGAAAGGUUAAUCACUAACCAAAGUUUUUAGUUGGUUUGUCAACCUUAACGUUAAUAUUGGUUUAGUGUUACAUAUCGACUGGGCCUCCUCCUUAACUAUGGCUAAGGAGUUGUCAUUACCCAAAAGCUACAGAGUCACUAGUGAAGAACAGCAGUAUAUUCAAGCCACUCUCAAGACUCAGCUCCUCUUGCUGGUGCUUUUAACUGUUUUAUGAUGUAAUUGUGAGGUUUAAGUGAUUGUGUGAUGCCUCAGCUUUAACUAAGUUAUAUAGAUGAUUGCUAACGUUAACCACGGAUAGCCCUAGUCAUUGUUUAGCAUGUGCAAACAAGGCCAGACCGUGGUUCUUUUUAAUGUUGGUUAGUGGGAAGAAGCCAGCUUCAACCCAUAGUUUGUGAAGCUGACUUAUUUUUCGCUGGGUGUUUGGAGGACAUACUAACUGUGGUUAAUUCUAAACUGGAAGUUUCCAGUGUGCUCUUCACAGUCACAAUGGCAAAGACAUGGGGAGUGUGCAGGGGAAGGGAUAAGCUAGGCUUAUUCUCACAAUGCUAAACCAUACAAAUGUGGCCACUUAGAGGAAUUUGGGAUUGUUUCAGCAACUGCUAGAACAAAUCUGAUCCCUGGGGGAGUUCUGCUUGACCCCCAGUUGCCAACCCGAUGAAAAAAGAAAGCUGUAGCAUUAAAAUUUGCUUGUAGAGCAUUUUGGGGAGAUGAGCCUCCCCACUCUACUUUCUUUUUAGAGUGAUCAAUGACUCAUAGACCGAUCAGUGAUAGGGAACACAUUAAUAUGUGAUAAUUUCUUUUUUUUUAAAAAAGAGAGAAAAAGAUGCAGUUUUCUUUUUUUCCUUGUUCUUCCAGUUUUAAGAAAUGGGAUGUGGCAGAAUAUUAUGUGGAAAGAGGUAAGAACUACAUUUAAGAUGUUUUGUGAAUUAGAUACUCAUAAUUUUGAUCUGUGCUGGGGUUCUAAGAAUGGGAGCUCAAGGUUCUUAGUUCAUAUAUCUUCACAGAGCAAUUCUUAGUGUUUCUCAGGUCAUAUGUGCUCUCCCAUUUUAAAUCCCAAGCAAGGAAUGAUUACUAAUUGUGUAAUAUAAAUGCAUGUCUGCUUGCUUGAUAUAGAUGUGUCACUCAUUGUUUAUGGAAGCAGAGAGGAGAUGGACCACACUUAGAAAGGAGCCCUGGUAAAAGAAGUUCAGAGUCCUGUGUGGUUUAUUUUCCAAGUGGUGGGUCCAUAUGCAGCCAAAAUGGCGCCAUCCAUACAUGGAAAAGAAACAUGGCAUCAGCAUGAUUGGGGGAACACUAAGCUUUCUAGAAGUAUAGACAGAAAACCCACAACUAAAACACCUCAUUGAGUGCUGGAGCAUGCUCAGUAUGACCAUGUUGGUUAACUAUUGGAGUAGAAAAAUACAGGUGUGUAUUUCUGGAUUUGGAUUGUGUCUGAGUUGAUUUGUUUGUGGGUGAAUCAAGGCUAGAUCUCCAAAUUCAGCCCAAAAUUGAGUCAGGGGUCGGGUGGGGGGGUGGAGCUUGCACAGCCCUAGUUAAUAAUGCCCGUCUUAUAUCCUUUGGGGGGGGGGAGAGAAAGAGAGCCAGUAAGGCAGAUCAUGAAAUUAAAUAUGUAAGACAGCAUUUUCACAGCAUUAAUACAUUAGUAAAAAUCCUGAAAGCCUGGAAGGAUAAUAGGGUACAAUGUUGUCAUUCAGCUCCUUGCCAAUUUGAAUACAUCACAUUUUAUUCUAGAGUGCAGACUGCUUAAAAUGGGCAGAUGAAGAAGGGGCACAUUUCAUUUCACUCAGAACAUGUAUCGCCCUUCCGUUGGUACGAUGUAGCUGCCACGUUAUGUAAACUAGGAACAAAUUUGCAAAUGAAAGUGAGAAGGAAACAAAACCCAAGCUGCUUUAAUAUGCUUAACCCUGAAAAGAGGGAUAUGUUUUAAAACAUCGAAGGAAGCAAAACUUGGAACACCUUUAUUGGAUAAAGUGAAUUGGAAUAAAAGGAUGAAAACCUUUGACUUAGUGCAAUAGGACCAUUCACUCAGGUUACAUACAACCCUUCAUGCGGUUAUGCUGCUUAUAGGCCAUUGAAGUCCAUUGGAUUUAGCCUGAUAGACCGCUGGCAGAGGGAUGCGGGUGGCGCUGUGGGUUAAACCACAGAGCCUAGGACUUGCCGAUCAGAAGGUCGGCGGUUCGAAUCCCCGCGACGGGGUGAGCUCCUGUUGCUCAGUCCCUGCUCCUGCCAACCUAGCAGUUCGAAAGCAUGCCAGUGCAAGUAGAUAAAUAGGUACUGCUCUGGUGGGAAGGUAAAGGGCGUUUCCGUGCGCUGCUCUGGUUCGCCAGAAGCGGCUUAGUCAUGCUGGCCACAUGACCCGGAAGCUUUACGCCGGCUCCCUCGGCCAAUAAAGCAAGAUGAGCGCCGCAACCCCAGAGUCAGCCACGACUGGACCUAAUGUUCAGGGGUCCCUUUACCUUUUACCUACCGCUGGCAGAUAAAACCAGGAAAAGAAAAGGGCAGAGUCAACCAUGCAAUUCUUUACCCCUGGUGUCCCUGUCUAUUCCACGUCUGCUCUGUUUUCUCCCCAGCUCCCUCUUUGAGUCCCUGGAUGCAGCCCUUUCCCCUCCUCUGAUUCGAGGACCUGCGUUCUGAUGCCAUGGCAUCAAUGCCUGCCUUUUGCCACUUCCACUCAGGAGGCAUUGCUGGCUGGCAAGAGGCAAAGACCCCAGACUCUGUCACUGCAGCGAAUGGGCUCCCCUCAAAACUGUGAAUGCUCAUUAUAACACACCGUUGUUUCCCUGCUUCUCUUGGUAUGGAGGAUUGACUAACUAACAGUAUGGAUGGACUCUUGUCUUUCUCUGUUCAUUUUCUCUCUUUUCAUGCUGCUGCACUCCUGCCCCUGGCUCAACAGGUGGCAGUGGGAGACUUUGUGAAGGUCACCAAUGGGCAGCACCUCCCAGCAGACAUGAUCAUUUUAUCUACCAGGUCAGAUAUGCUGAGUGGGUGUGAAAUGAUACUUCUGCUAAACUGAGGUUUUUAAAGAAACAAUCUUUGCACUUAAAGAAAUUCAAAUAAUAUGGGACCGCCUUCCUUUCUCCCUUCCCUGGAUUGGUUACAUGCAGGCACCUUCAGCUCAUAGGGGCAGCAUCUGAAUGUGCACUAGAGCAGCACACUGGCUGCAUUUGGGCAAUCCUAUUAAGCUGACAUGCGAAUACACAAACCCCCUUAUUCCUUCCUCUGUGUGAGAGCUGCAAUUCAACCAGGAAGCCUCUAAUUAACCAUAGUUUCCUGUUCACUGGGAAAACCUACGGUUACUAACUUUGGAACAAGUGAGCACAUCAAACCAUAGUUUAAUAUUAAAUAUCAAACCAUAUUUAAUAUUCAGAAUUGCAUGCUCUCCUAUUAACCCUCUCCCUUUAGGUAAAGAGCAGGCAGCCAACUUCCCGUGUUCCGUGAAAGAUACUUUCUUCUUUUACAUAUUGGCACAGAUACACGAGGCUCAAUUCCUUGUGCCCUUACUAUUACAAGUAAUGUCUGAAUGGAGAAACCAGAUGGGCUGAGAGGAUGACACGGUUCCAUCUCGUUGCCUCUGUUGGUCCUCAAGGUGGAUUGCACUGCAGGGGAAUGAACCACAUAAUUUGUUUUGCUUUUGUGGUUUCUCCAUACAGAUGUUACUAGAACAGUGUUGUGCUGGAAGUGGGUUCUGCUACACUGCUACAUAAAUUUAUGUUGCCUUAUGGCAGAGUCUGGCCAAUGUCUCUUAAUGCUAUUUGUGCUGGACAUUUCUGCAAAGGAUUGCUUUUGGUAACAUCAGUUUUUCCCGUGGUGCAUAGGAUUUAUUUAUUCAUUUAUUUAAAUAGGCCUCAGUUCACCAGAGUCUGCAUGUUCUGAAGGUGCUGUGUUUCUUGAUUUUGUAUAAAACCUGCACUGCAUUAUUUUUUUGUGCUGUUUGCAUACUAAAAAAUAAAUAAAAUCCUUAUGAUAGAGUUUCUUUUUUAAAACAAAACACCACAAAUUCAGUUAACAGUUUUGGGGGAAAUCACUGCUUGAAUUAUUGUGUGUUGAGCCCGUGAGUGUACCUUUAUUCUUUCUUACUUAUUUUGCAGUCACCUUUCUUUUUAGAGGUUGCUUCUUAAGCAUGGUGUGUAUGAUAUAUAACAUGUUGCUGUACUUUUGCAGUGA